AUGAUGAGCAGCAGCAGCCUUCUGGAGCCGCAGCAGCUGCCGUCGCAGUUCUUCCAGAGCAGCGCGGAGCUCGGGGAGGAGGAGGAGGAGAUGCCAGCCACCGAGAAGGACCUGGCCGAGGACGCUCCGUGGAAGAAGAUCCAGCAGAACACCUUCACACGAUGGUGCAACGAGCACCUCAAGUGUAUCAACAAGCGCAUCAAUGACCUGCAGAAGGACCUGAGCGACGGGCUGAAGCUGAUCGGGCUGCUUGAGGUGCUGAGUCAGAAGAAGAUGUACCGAAAGUACCACUCCAGACCCAACUUCAGACAAAUGAAGCUGGAGAACGUGUCUGUGGCGCUGGAGUUCCUGGAGAGAGAGCACAUCAAGCUGGUGUCCAUAGGUGAGUCACCGGAAACACUCAAGUGCCCAGUUUGGAGACACUUUACGCACAAAAACAAACCCUAAAAACGAACUGAUUUCAGGUGUUUUAUUGUUAUUAGACACCAGAAAGGACCCAUGAACAUUCAGAAAUAAAGGAAACAAAGAGUUAAGAGAGAGUUUAUUGGAGUUUAUCACAUUAUCAGGGCUCUAGAUCUGCGUAAAGACGCAGAUGGAGCCAAACUCAUCAAUAUCAACAUUUCAGGUUUGACAGUUUUAUCAAUUUAUGCUCCAGCAUCCAUGUGCAGACAAUAAAAAUACAUUAAUCAAGAGUGAUGAGCUUCAUAUGGAGCAAAUUUAUGUUGAAUAACUAAUAAUGUUUGGGGCAGAAAUACCAGAAAGAAAAUAUGGGGGCAAAAGAUACAUGAAUCAAGCAGGUGGUCAAUAUUUAUCAUUAUGCGUUUUAAAGAUAAUCAUGUUAAAGUGAGCAGUACCAGGAAAGGAAACUAAUAAAGUAAUCUGAGUUUUCAGAGCAUGUUAAUUUAAAAUGAAUCAAGUUUUCAGGUGUUGUUGUUUGUGUAAAAGAUGAUUUAAUGCUGCAAUGAGAAGAUUUUAUCUGAUAAAUCCUUCGGUCUGUUGAAGCUGCUGCAGAAAUGAGGAUAUUCAGUGAAAUCCUACAGUCAAAUCACAGGAGCUUUGUGUCCUCAAAGGCCACCAUAGCUUCAUUAAUGAGAGGGGUCGAGUAAGGGAGCGUUUCAAUCUGACUCUUUACUCUGAACCUGAUCACCGAUUUCUCUGUGAGGGCAGAAUUUACAGGUGUGUGUUGUUGCUCAGGUGUUGAUUAUAUGGGGUUUACCUUUUAACUGCUUUGUCAACAUGAGACCAGUUCAAUGUUUUGGACUUUGUAAUGAACCGUAUAUUUUUUACAGCUUCGAUGCUGCAAUGAUGAGGAUGCUGUCACAAAUGUUGAUUUUUGUUGAGCUGUUUAAUGGUUUAUAAAUCUUUUUAAGGACAAUUAUCACAUGUUAAAACUGUAAGAUUUUGUUGUUUUAUGGAAAAAUCUCUGUUAAUUUUAAACCUGAUUUCAGUGACAUGUUUGUAAAAAGCAGAUCCAUGGUCAUGUUUCUCUUUGUAAACAGCUCUUUUUUCCUCCAACACUCUGUAAAUGUUAGUAAGCCCAGGAGACCAGUUUAUGGAGUCUGGAAAGUGAAAUGUCUCAUUCUUGCCUGAUAAAGGAUUUGAGCUGCCCAACAGUUUAGGGUUUCCUUGGUCCUUUUAUUUAGCACUCCGCGGGUCCUUCUAUCAAGCUGAUUUUUCCAGCAUUACACAACUUUUCCCUGUCUUGUUGUUCCUCUAACACGUUGUUAGAAACACGGUGCUGAUGUCAGAUCUAAAACGAGCAGAUAAUGUUGUUUUUCAUAAAUCUGUGGAACCCUCAGGCUCAGGUCCCCGUCUGAUAACUUUCCAGUAGAUCAGUAGAUUUAUGAAACAGGAAGUAGAUCUGUCUGCAACUGCAGGUCAGUAUCUCUGCUGGCAGACACUGACCUGCGGUUUCCUCUGACUCUGAUCUGAUUUCACCUCCUCAUGGUGAACACAUGUCACCUCGUCCCCCUCCUCAGUUUCAGGCUGGCGCUCAGUGUAAGCAUCAAAAUUUAUGCACUCAGGGUACCAUGUAGUAGUGGUGAUGAUGAUAAUGAGAAAAGGAUGGUGAUGGUGUAGAUGAUGAUGACACUGGUGAUGACGAUAAUGAUGGUGAUGGUGAUGAUGAUGAUGGUGGUGGUGAUGGUGACGAUAGUGACAAUUGUGAUGGUGGUCAUGGUGAUGGUGACAAUGAUGGUGGUCGUGGUGAUGAUGAUGGUAAUGGUGAUGAUAAUGAUAAUAAUUAUGGUGAUGAUGAUAAUAAUGAUGACAUUGGUAGUGAUGAGGAUGAUGGUGAUGAUGGUGGUCAUGGUGAUGGUGACAAUGAUGGUGGUCAUGGUAUUGAUGAUGGUAAUGUUGAUGAUAAUGAUAAUAAUUAUGGUGAUGAUGACAUUAGUUGUGACGAUGGUGAUGGUGGUCAUGGUGAUGAUGAUGGUAAUGAUGAUGAUAAUAAUAAUAAUGAUAAUUAUAAUGAUGGUAAUGGAGACAAUGGUGGUAAAAGUGAUGAUGAUGGAUGAUAGUGAUAGUGACAAUGAUGGUGGUUAUGGUGAUGAUGAUGAUGAUUGUGAUGAUAAUAAUACUGAUGAUAAUGGUUAUAAUAGUGUUGAUGACGAUGAUGAUAGUGAUAAUGGUGAUGGUGGUGAUAAUGAAAAUAAUUACAAUGAUAGCGAUGGGGACAAUGGUGAUAAAAGUGAUGAUGAUAAUGAUGGUGAUGGUGACAAUGAUAGUGGUAAUGGUGAUGAUGAUGAUGAUGGUGAUAAUAAUGGUGAUGAUAAUGAUGAUAAUGGUUAUGACAGCGAUAAUGACAAUGAUGAUUAUGAUAAUAGUGAUGGUGGUGAUAAUAGUGGUAAUGGUGAUGAUGGUUGUAAUGAUGAUGAUGAGGUGAAGAUGAUGGUGGUAAUGAUGAUGAUGAUGAUGAUGGUGAUGAUAGUGAUGAUGGCGAUGAUAGUGACAAAGAUGGUAAUGGUUAUGACGGUAAUGGUUAUGACGGUAACGAUAGUGACGAUGACAAUAAUGAUGAUGAUAAUAGUGAUGUUGGCAAUGACAGUGGUAAUCGUGAUGAUAAUGAUGGUUGUGAUGAUGUUGAUGAAGUGACGAUGAUAGUGGUAAUCGUGAUGAUGAUAAUGUUGAUGAUGUUGAUGAGGUGACGAUGAUAGUGGUAAUAGUGAUGAUGAUAAUGAUGAUGAUUUCUUUUUUCCCUCCGUGUUUCUUCUCUAAACGACAGGUGAAGAAGGUAUUUUUCCCAUUUGGGUGGAAUAAACCUUUAACCUGAGUGUUCAUUUUAACUUGAGCGAUCCUUUUUAACUGAGUAUGAGUGAGUAUUAUCUUAUUAUACACCAUUUACUGAGCUUGUGCUCUAUGACAGCGAUUAUGAUAAUACUGGUGAUAAUGAUGAUGAUGAUAAUGAUAAUGAUGAUGAUGAAAAUGGACUAUGAGGAGUUGAAACUUGAUCUCAGUGAUGAGGAGUAAAAAUGACUCUCCGAUCUCCUUCAUGUCCUGCUCUAAAUUCUUACUCACACUUUCUCUGGAGUUUACUCGUGUUUUCCACUGACUGAGCUCUGACUGUCUGCAGGAGGUGUGGGAGGUUGUUGUUAGGGUGGUAUGGGGUGGUGGAGGGAUGAUAUGGGGUCGAUGUGGGGUGGUGGGGUGUUGUCAGGGUGGUGGUGGGGUGGGGGGACGCGGGGUGUUUGAGGUGAUUGAUGGAGCACAGCUGAUCCUGCUCUCAGUCCACUAACAGCUGCUGAAAAUAGAUGGAGAGGAAACCAGGAAGAUCCUCCGUAGACCUCGGAGUGAAACUCAGACUGCCGGCAGACUAACACUUACUGUUACCUGUUACCAUAUCACACCUGAGAGAUUACCUAUUCUGUGUAUCACUCCUAAAACACCUGUUAAGAUAAGCUGGAGCUUUGUUUUCCCUGGAGAAGAUUCUGCUGCCUGGUUGUUGUACUAUUACAGAUCAGGAGGGUUGGAGAAAAAUGAUCAUUUUUGUUUUAUUUUGAAACAAUGAACAGAUAUUUAGUCUUUUAAACAGAGGUGUUAAAAAUUAUCAGAGUUUCUAAUGGAUAAAGAAACAUCUUUGACUGAGUAAAGUCAAUAAAACACACAAAAUACCUUUUUAUUGAUAAUAGAUUUUAACAGACGGUGACCUGUAGCUGUUUUUAACUCUAUCUAGAGCGCUAACAUUAAUAUAUAACAAUAUGACAUAGAGAGACAGGCAUGUCACCAUGUAAGUGGAAGGUUAUGGCUAACAGCUUGUUGUUGUUUGUUAAAAAUAUUAUCCCCUUUGCUUUGUUUGAGUUGUAUGAGCAUUUUAAUUAAUGUAUUGAAAUUGAUUUGUUCAAGCUAAAAGAGUCAAGAAUCAAACCGUUUCAGUGUUUGAAUCCUGUGACAGAGUCAGUGUGAAAACAGAGCUAAAAACAGCUUUUACUAACAGCUUUUUUAAAGUGUUAAGCUGCCCUUAAAAAACCUGAAGGCAUAAAAAUCAGGAAACAGAAAGAAUUAACGUGUUCUUCAGUGUGAACAGACUGAAAUAUGCCCUCAGUGUGUGUGUGUGUGUAAGUGUGUGUAAUGGUUUCCAUGUGUUGAAGCAGUCAGCUUACAAGAAUGUCCAGCUGAAGCCAGGACCCCCCCACUCACACACAUUCACACAGCCACAGUAAAACACAGUCAAACUAAAACACACACACACACUCUGUGUUUUGAGCUUUCUCUCUCCCCGUGUGUGUGUCUGUUUUAGUGUGUGUGUGUGUUUGGAUCAUAUUCUUGUUGUAUUUACUCUCCAUGUCUCUCUUCAUCUAACCGUCAGACUGUAACAUCACGUACAAAUUAACAGCACUUUGAACUCACACUGAUUAUGUCAUUAUUGAUCAUGACUGCCAUGAUAUGAUGAUUCCUGAUUGAUUGAUAGUUUAUUAUUAUCAUGAAAAUAUUGGACUGGUGCAGGCAUUAAAGUGUUGAAAGCUACGGUUUAUCAUCACCCAACUUUAAAUCCUUCAGUUAAAAAAGUAAACAGAGUUUAACUCAGUAUGGCAUGUUCAGAGGAUAUAACAUAUUAACUCAGUACACAAUAUUAGACUGAGAAGAAGAAAUAUCCUGAUUAAAAAUAAGGAGUGAAUCGUCUGCAUACAUGUUGGUCUAAACUACAGCUGCGAACAAACCAGCAUGUUCAUCCUUCUGAAAUAAAAGCUGAAUUUAUAGACAAUUUUUAAAAAGUUUUCUGCAGAUUUAAACUGCCUGUCUGUUAGUGAUGGGCACGGCAGUUCUUUUAGAUGUACUAAAUCUCUAGAAUCAGUUCACUAAAAAGAUUUGUUCAUUGAAUCAUUGAAUCAUCCAGCGCUUGGCAGGAGGGGCCUGUGACUCCGACCUCCUGAACUGAUACACAGCUGAACGGUUCAGGAUUCAGUUGAAUUCAAAGCCUAUGGGACCGGGAGAUGAGAGUGUUUGACUGUGUUUAAUGCGUGAUUCCUUUACCAAGUGAUUUAGGCGUUGGUUCAUAUGAUCCCUUGUUCUCCGGCCGCUCGCCUGGCAACGCUGUUUGCUGUAUCUGCCCUGCUGACAGCUCAACUGUAGUGAGGAGCGAACGAAUCACUUGAGGAAGUGAUUCGUACGUUCACUUAAAAGAUUCGGUUCUUUUGAAAGAAUUGUUUGCGAAUGACACAACACUAUUGUCUGUCCGUCUCUGAGUGAUCUUUGACCCUCUGCUGUCUGUGUCUGUAGCCACGUUUACAUGCAGACUUUUUUCUCAUUCGGAUUAUAAUCGUUCCGAUUGAAGCUCCCAGGCGAACUGUUUACAUGGAAGCGAUCUAUUCUGAUCUGGUGUUUACAUGUGCCACGGCAUUCAAUUGGAACAGCUAUUUACAGACACGUGAUACCUUCAAACAUCACGUGAUUGAUUGAUCACGUGAUCUCCGACGCAGACCAGUGCAUCGUGCUCUGCUUGGAAGCCGCCAUCAUGUUUCCAUGUGAGUCAUACGUCACUGCUUGUUUACAUCAGGACAGAGCAUGCGCAGACAGAACCCAGCCUGACAACUUUCCGAUUCACCGUUUACAUGACAGGAUUUUGCUUUUAAUCGGAAUGGGAAAAGGAAAAUUCUACCCCUGUGAAUCGGAAUGAAAUUCCAUUCGGAAUGGGCCUGUUUAUUCCGAAUGAGGUGUUUAUAUGGAGCAUUUUCAUUCCGAUUGGGCUUCUAAUCCGAUUAUAUUCGGAAUAUUUGGCUCCAUGUAAACGUAGCUACUGUCUGUGUCAGUACCAGACUGGUGGAUUUUUACAUUAGUUACAGAUGACUUAUUGAACUUGUGUUUGAAGGUUUGAGAUGAUACUAUAAAUGCAGAUGUAACAUGGUAUCAGAGUUUAAUGCAGCAGGUCUCAGGGUCUUUGAGUCAGGGUCUCUGUGUGGCAGCAGGUCAGAGGUCAGAGGUCAGGUUCAUGGUGGAUGAAGUGAGCUUUAACAUGGCGUCAGUCAUCUGCAGAUAAAAACAGGAGGAGUGUGAGGACCUUAAACUUCACUGAGAAACACAACAGACAUUUUUUUUUUCCUCUUCAGUGAUUUAAAAGAUCCUUAUCCUGGUCAUUUAAGGCUGCAAUGAUUAUAAUGUGAAAACAUAAUAUUAUUACAACACUGUUGAUAAAGAGGCGAACUCUGGUGAAUAAAGCGAUGAUAAUAAUCAGCAGAGAGUCUGAGGAUCAACUGAACUUCAGCAGCGACUGAUCUGAACUCUGAGUUUAGAGGAGAAGGACUUAGUGUGGAGCUGCUGUGACGGUGUGGAGGUGUCAGAGGAAACAGUCGCUCCAUCUGUUGCUGCUGUCAGCUGCUCCUCACACACACACACACACACACACACACACACACACACACACACACACACACACACACACACACACACACACACACACACACACACACUCACUCACUCAGAUAUUUAGUGAGCUGGACACUAUGACUGACUGAUAAUCAGAGUUGUUGUUGCUGACUCUGCAGUGAAACUCUUCCUCCUUCAAUCACGUGACUGUGAUGUUGGUGAAUGUAAACCAGAUGUGUGUUCAGGUGUGUUUCCGAUCCUGGAAAAAAUGACCAAACUGCUCAGACUGUAGAUCUACUGACAGAGUUUUUCCAGAGUUUUCUGUUGUCACAGACUGUGUAAGGAGGCCUGAAGCAGAGGAACUCUGCAGGAAUCACACCUUCACCCUGCUCUGUGCUCUCUGCUCUCAUGUUUCCAUUACUGAGUUCCUCCUUUGACACACACUGACUAACAGGACGCUCUGGAAAACACUGAUUAUUUGGAAGAGAUGUGCAACUAUUGUGUUCGAGUUAAGCUCCACCCACAGUACUUCACCAGCCAGUAUCAGCUGGCAGCUCAGCUGAUUACUUUCUACCAUCCAGUCAUCAAAAUGUGAAAAUGUUAGUUCUGUUUGAUCGUCUAUAACCUGCCUGCUGCUCUUACUUCAUCUACAAACCACUUUACAAACCUCCUCUGGCCCAGAUCCCCCUCCUGUCUUUGCUGAUGCUCUCCCUGCCUUUUCUUUCACGUAUUCACAUGAAACAGAGGGGCUGUGUACUCCGUCUGCCUCAGGCUUUGACAGGGAACUCCCAGAACAGAGUCAUAGCACCAAAUUUAACUCACUGCAUGAAAAGGUUUUUUCUCUUUCAGUAAUGUGGUCCUGAAUGAAUAAUUGUGCAUCUAUAGAAUGGUUCAUAACCGUACACAGGGAUGUAAAUAGAAGUAGAAAAGACUGUCAAUUCACAGAGAACAAAUCCUACAUUUCCCAUGAUUCCUUUGCACGGUAUCUGUCCUCAGAGCCUUUCCAUCUGAAGACAGAAAGUCUCUUUAACUCUUCAUCUAACACAGUGUAGACUUAUUAUAAUAUUGGCAAACCAAGACAAGAUCAUUCUGACAUCACAGUGACAUGAUAGUGACAUGAUGGGAGUUGUAACGUGAUUUUUAAAGGCUUAGAGGAGCCUUUAGUCCUUUCGCUGAUGCUGAAACACUCAACUUUAAAAUCAGCUGCUUUUCAAAAGGACCUCUGAGUGUGUGUGUGUGUGUGUGUGUGUGUGUGUGUGUGUGUGUGUGUGUGUGUGUGUGUGUGUGUGUGUGUGACCUGCUGACUGUCACACUGCUGCCUCAUCAUUAAAGUUCAGUUGAAGUCUAAACAACAAACGUUCAGUCUGUUAUCCCCCACCACCACCACCCGACAAGUCAUGUCAUAUGGUCUGUCCCAGCCUGGGGUGUGUGUGUGUGUGUCAGUGUGUGUGUGUGUGUUGGAGUCAAAGGAAGAAGCUGUGUGUGUGUGUGUGUGUGUCUGUGUCAGCUGUCGUCACAGUUGGUCCAAAGCAUCUAAGCAUCUCAGCCAACAGCUGGAGACUGAACAGAUCCUGGACGGACACACACACACACACACACACACACACACACACACACACACACUCACACACACACACACACACACACACACACACACACACACACACACACACACACACAUGAACAGCAUAAAUCUGUAUAUUUGGACUGAGGUGUCUGAGCAGUAAAAACAGUUUUGUUGGUGUUCCUCAGGGCUGCCCUUCAGGUCCUCUGUAGUUGUUCUGUUUCUACAUGUUGGAGCUCUGAACAUGUAGAACAUCCUUAAAGUCUGUCUGUAAAAGUUGUAUUUUUUGUCCCUGACAGGCUCAGGUAGUUAUUCUCAGAGUCUGACAGCAUUACAGAAAGGAUCCCUGCAGAAAGAGCUUCAUGUUAACGGUAGAGAGAGGAUUUUAUUGGACAGAAACAGCUGAUAUAUCACUCUCUACAGACAUGGCCAGGUUUAAAAACAGGUUUGGUCAAAACAGCUCAGAGUCCCCACUGAAUAAUGAGUGGAUUUUACUGUAACGUGUUUGUUUUUAAGUUAUUAACACCACAAGAUCAGCCAAGCAGAGGAACAGCUGACUGUGGGCACAUUAUAGAUGUUAACGAAGAGGCGAAAAAACAGCCUCUGAUUGGUAGACCAUAGAUAAGGUUUAAUCAGUGUUUCUAUGGCGACUGGCGCUGUAAGGCUUCACAAACACACUACAUCCAGAUAUUACAGUCUGUGUGUGAAAGUGUUUUGUAGUAAACUGUUUACAUCCAAUGUGUGCGUGUGUGUGUGUGAGAGAGAGAGAGAGAGUUAAAUGUGUGUGUGACUCUCGAGGAUUUCCUCCUCCAGCUGUUGGCUGGAAAUGCAUACUUAAGUCUUUUAUAGGUCACAGGUGUGUGUGCGUGCACAUGCAUGUGUGUGUGUGUGUGUGCGUGCACGUUUGUGAGUGUGUGUGUAGGUGUGUGUCAAUGUGUGUGUUUUUAAAUAGCUCUGAGUUUUCUUGAAGUUAAACGCUCUCGGGGUUCAUCAGGAUAAACAAAUUCACACACACAUUUAUUCAGCUGCUGUCCACCUGCUGUCAGUGUGUGUGUGUGUGUGUGUGUGUGUGUGUGUGUGUGUGUGUGUCUUUCACUCUCUUCAGGCUGUGUUUUGGGCUCAUUAGCCGGUUAGCUUUAGUGAUAGUCUGUCAGAAAUAGAGGGAUGUUUAUUCAGAGAUGAUGAGAACUGAAUAUCUGAACUCUGUCCUGAUUGGUCACUUGGUGUGUUUGAAUCAUUUUCAACAUUUGAACAGUUUAAACUCAGAAAGAAAACAAUCGGGGAUGGUUGGUUGUGGUAGAGGGUGGAUCAGUCUUUUGUUUUAUAGUAGAAAUGAGGAGAUAAACCAUCAGAGUUUGAAUCUCUCCACUGGAGGACUUUUAUUCACUUUGACAGUCUUGAUGAAUCUCAUUCUUCAGUCUCAGCCUUCAGUGAAAUCCUCCUCAGUGAGUCUCUGACAGCCGGUGCCGCUCGGUGCUCGGCACUGAUGAAGAACACAAACACUCAGAGUCUCCUCCUCCUCCUCCUCCUUCUCCUCCUCCUCAUGUCUGACUCUGAGGUCACUUUCAGUCUGUGGUGUUUGACUGGUUCACAUGAUUGUGAUUUUUCUCUGUGAACAGUUUAUUAUCUGCAGUGAUGAAACUUUUGAACUUUAUAACCCGAGCAGAACAAUUGAGAAAUGAACGAAUCACUCGAGGAGGUGAUUCUGUUCAGUACGUUCACUUAAAAGAUUUGGUUCUUUUGAACAAAUCAUUUGCGAAUGACACAACCAGAGGUGGGAAUUGUGGAAUAACCAAGUCAUCUCCAUGCCAUUCGUUUGUUCUGCUCUGUCACUGAACCAGCUGCUUCCAAUGAGCAGCCAGGAAGGUGAGCUCAUUAGUGAAGGCACCUGGUUCAGUAACUGAGCACAACAAAUACAUGGCAUGGACUUGGUGACUCCACAUUUUCCCAUCUCUGGACACAACACUACUGUAGACCCUCUAAACCUCCUGAACCCGGACAGGACUGACCUAAAUCCAAACAUUAACACUGUUAAUCUGAUCUAAAAAACAAUUACACAUUUCAUCUGAUAGAGCAUAAAGACAUUCAGCCUAUUCCUGUUCUUUCCUCUUCCAUCCGUCCUCCCUCGCUCUCCUUCUGAAUGUCACAUUAGUACAGUCUCUCUCACUCUCUUUCUCUUUCCUUUUUUUCUUUCUAUCCCUCUCUCUCUGGCCUCAACAUUGUGAAUCUCCCUGUCUGAACAGCCUUUGUCUCUCUGCAGAUUGUUUGUUUGGUAACCAUGGCGACCUCGCUCGGUGCCGUUAGCGUCCCGGCGUGGCGAUGAACGGGAGGUGUUGUUGUGAAACUCGGAGGCUGUUUGGAAAGAAACCAGAGUUCAGUUGAGCUGUUACAGUUUUAGUCCUCAGAGUAAGGCGUCCCUGUGGGGUGAAAAGGUCACAUGACUCCAUCACUUCCUAUGCUUCUGUUUUUGAUAAACAGAAUCAGACAGAGAGCCGUCUGUGAUUGGAUCAGCUCGAGAAACUCUUCAUCUAAAGAUUAAUUUAUAACUUAGACUUAUCUUUAUAUUCUCCAUAUGUCAGUGUAAGUGUAAACAGCCUGAGUCCUUUAAUUACAUAUCAAAAAUCUGCUGCAGAGGUCUGAGCUCAGAGUGGAUCAUUUUGACUCCUCAGAGUUUCAGGUCAGUCCAUGACUCGAUGCUGUAUGAGAAUCAGUGCCUUGCUCAGAGGAACUCCAGCUUCCGUCUAGAGGAAGUGGAAACAUGAGGGUCAAACACGGACUGACCUCUGACCUUGUUUUCCCCCACGAAGUCCUGCAGGUCACGACCUGAAACUGCUGUGGGAAUGGAACCAAAGCCCUGUAGACCCGAGGAGAGUUUACAGAAAAACACACAGAGGAAAACUUGCAGACAGAAAACUAAGAAAAACCUGCUGAGACAAACUGACGGAGAUAUAGAGAGGAAAAAAUCACAGAGCUGUGAUAAACUUGGACAUGUUUUUGUGUGGAUGUUUGAGGGUACGUGCGUGUGUGUGUUAAUCUCCACCAGCUCGUGUUCCAGUCAUCUUUGAAACAGAAACUGGAGCAGAACAAACAGACCCAUCAGCUCCUGUUUCCUGGGGAAAGAUUACAGCGUCGCUCCAAAAACACUUCCUCUCUGAACACGGGAUCGGACUAAUCUCUGGAAAACAGUUUCCUCUGACAUACACUGAGUGAAAUCAUAUUUCCCUCUGAGAGGUCCAGGCUCUGACCCCCCCCAAGACACACACAAUCACACACACACACACACACACACACACACACACACACACACACACACACACACACACACACACACACGCAUAGUUAUGAGUAGGGCUGGGCGAUAUGGGACAAAGUUUAUCUCAAUAUAUUUUUCGUAUUAGUUGAUAUCGUGUUUAUCACGAUAUAAAAAAUAUCAUUUUAAUUUCUUAUUGGUAGACUGUCUUUUGCAAUACAAUAAGCUACUACAUCUGUUAGGUCUUUGUGUCUCGUUGACAUUUUGUCGUAAGGCGUUGCGCUAGAGAAAGUGGACUGAAUGGUUAGGUAUUCCCAGACUUUGUGAGAACAUGUAAUCCACAUAAUUUGCAGUGCACAUUACUCUGCUUCAUGUCCGACCUUAAAAAAAACCCAAAAUACCUCCACACCACCGACCUUUUUCUUGCCAGUGUUACCUACAAUGUCGUCAUCUGUUGAGCCUUCAUCCACGUUUCUGCCGGGGGUCUCACCAACAGUGCUGUCAGCUUCACAUGUUUAAGUGCUAUGGUUGUGUGUAGCUGCGGCCUGCUACUACGCAGUUGUUUGCUACUCGGUUCUAAUUCAGCACAUGAUUAGUUCAGCACAGCGAGCAACUCCCGUUUUCAUUAACUAUUCGCAUAGUCUACCAAAACAUGGCAGAAUGCCGACAAUCAAAAAGCAUAUUGACCAUUUUUUAUAUCGAUACUGAGGGAAAUUAAUCUUCGAUAAAUAUCGUUAUCGUUUCAUCGACCAGCCCUAGUUAUGAGUGAUGAAACUUCAAGAGUUUACAUGAAGGUCAAAGGUCAACGACAUAUGACAGAAUAACAGAUCAGCUGAGUCAGUCUGCAGCCAUGAGCUGAUCAGCUGAUCAAUAAAGUCAUUAUAUCAGCUGACCAUUAAUGAUCCUGUGAAUAUGAAAAUAUGAAGGACGAUCUCUGAUCUACAGAUCUGAACCAGGUCUGAGGAUCUGGACUUGGAUCCAGUCCUGGUUUUUCUGAAGGUUUAGGUGUUUAAACAAACCGCUCUGAUCCUCACAGUCAUGCUGCUGCUGUGUGUAUAAUGGUGUGUGUGUGUUGUGGUUUAUGUGUGUAUGUGUGCAUUAGUAUGUUUGUGCAGUGAGAGCAUGUGUUUCUCAUUUACGUUGACCUCAUUCUGAUGACAUCACCAUCCUGCUGUCAGUGAAACUUUCACAUUAAGAGAAAUUUCCUGACAAUCUAAAUAUAAACACAGUGGGGCUGUGGGCUUUUAUUUUGGCGGGUAGAUGUGAAGUUGAGGACCAGAAAAGGAAACUGGGUCAGAAAGAAGCUGAUUGAAAACAGUUUUUACAGUCAUAGGAGAUAAAUUUAAACCACAGACUGAGACUGAACAGAUCCUGAGGGGAUAAGACUUUCAGAGACUGUUUGGCUGUCAUAGAGAUGAUGCAGCGACUUCAACUGUUAAAAAAACACCUAAAGAGAAAGCAAAUGAAAAAACAAACAAUGUUCCUACAGUACAAGAAGAUCUGUUUUACUUCCAGUUUAGCUGAUGUUUUCACCUGUAAACGGCCGGUAUUUUCACCUGUAAACAGCUGAUAAUUUCACCUGUAAUCAGCUGUUAUUAUCACCUGUAAACAGCUGAUAUUGUCACAUGUAAUCAGCUGGUAUUUCCAUCUGUGAUCGGAUGAUAUUUCCAUCUGUAAUUGGCUGACAUUUUCAAUUGUAAUCAGCUGAUAUUUCUACCUGUGAUCAGCUGUUAUUUUCACAUGUAAUCAGCUGAUGCUUUCACAUAGAAUUAGCUGACAUUUUCACCUGUAAUCAGCUGUUACUGUCACCCCCAGUUGGAGGCUCAGGUGUUUUCUGAAAGUCUGCCUCCUCUGCUAAAAUUUAAGGUUAAAUCUGUGACUCAAACACUGUUCUGUCUCACGUCCUCUCCUCAGACUCCAAAGCCAUUGUAGACGGUAACCUGAAGCUGAUCCUGGGUCUGAUCUGGACUCUGAUCCUGCACUACUCUAUCUCCAUGCCCAUGUGGGAGGAUGAGGACGACGAAGACGCCAAGAAGCUGACCCCCAAACAGCGUUUGCUGGGCUGGAUCCAGAACAAGGUGCCCCAGCUCCCCAUCACCAACUUCCACCGGGACUGGAGGGACGGCAAGGCACUGGGAGCUCUGGUAGACAACUGUGCCCCAGGUGGGUUCUUACUGGCCAAACAGUGCUCCUAUUGGCUCUCUGUAGUCAUGACAGUCAGGUUAAAAACUGAAUGGGAUCUGACUUAUUCCAGCAGGUUUGUUUUUAUCUUGUUUUUAUCCUGUUUGGGGGCUGUACUGACUCUCUCUCUCUAUCUGGCUCUUCCCUGUGAUGCUUUCAGGUCUCUGUCCUGACUGGGAAACUUGGGAUCCCAGUCAGCCUGUGGAAAAUGCUAGAGAGGCCAUGCAGCAGGCUGACGACUGGCUGGGAGUGCCACAGGUAAUGUUCACCUGACAUAACCUUUGACCUUUACCUUCAUCAAGGAAUUGUUAAAAAAAACACUAGAUAUUUGUUCAAUUAAAGCAAGUUUUGAGGUAAAAAAACUGAUAAUCCUAAACCACAUAAAUCUGAUCAGAUCUAAUCUAAUCUAAACUAAUCUGAUCUAAACUGAUCUGGUAUAAUCUAAUCUAAUAUGACUGAUUUGAUUUGAUCUGAUUUCAUCUAAUCUAAUAUAAUCUGAUAUAAUGUAAUCUAAUUUUAUCCGAUCUACUGUAAUCUAAUCCAAUGUAAUGUAAUGUAAUGUAAUGUAAUGUAAUGUAAUCUAAUCUAAUCUGAUAUAACUUUAUCUAAUCUAACCUGAUCUGAUCUGAUCUAAUUUAAUCCAAUCUGAUCUGAUAUAACGUUAUCUCAUUGACCAUAAUCUAAUCUAAUCUAAUCUAAUCUAAUCUAAUCUGAUUUAUUGUAACCAAACAUAUCUAUUCUAGUCUAAUCUGACCUGACCUGACCAGAUCGGAUUGGAUUGGAUUGAUUCAAAUCGAAUCGAAUCUAAUCAAAUCAAGUCAAAUCUAAUCUAAUCUAAUCUAAUCUGGAAUAAAGUUAUCUAUUCUAACCUGAUCUGAUAUGAUUUAAUCCAAUCCAAUCUGAUCUGUUUAGAUCUAAUCUAAUCUGAUAUAACAUCAUCUCAUUUAACCUAAUCUAAUCUAAUCUAAUCUAAUCUAAUCUAAUCUAAUCUAAUUUUAUCUGAUUUACUGUAACCAAACAUAUCUGCCGUAUUCUAGUCUAAUCUGACUUGACCUGACCUGACCUGAUUGGGUCGGACUGGAGCGAAUCUAAUCUAAUCUAAUCUAAUCUAAUAUAAUCUAAUCUAAUCUAAUCAGAGUUUUUACUUUUCCAAAGAGUCUUAAAAACAGGCGUCUAUGAAGUCAUAAUCUAUUCUUGGUGUUUAUGAGUCACAGUCUUUCUCUGGUUGAUCAGAAACUCUGCUCUCAGUGUGUUGGAUGUUGGUCUGGUCUGUGUCCAGGCUGCACACUGGUCCUGGUUUGUAAAUCAGCAGCAAACAGCCUGAUGAAGAAAAGUUAACUGUCGACUCGUUGUUUCAGACAUUGAGUCAGAGUUUCCACGUUUGGACGACCGACUGUGAUAUUAAUGAGGUCUUUACAGGUACAGCAGGUAACCCUCGGGGAGCAGAGAUCCUGUCAGUGUAAUGGAUCAGAGGUGGAAAAUCUGGAUUUGAUAUCUAAUGGCUGGACUUUAAUGUGCUGACCAGCUGCUGCAAGAACCCUGACAGUGAUAGAUUUACUCUCUGUGGUCAGCCUCUGGUUUCUCCCCUCUUAAUCACGUUGGACUGAAGUCGAUCUGAUCUAGUUUCUCAUUGUUUAAAAAUGUUCUUUGUUUAAUGAGUCUGGUGCGUUUCUGUGUUUAAUGAGUCUGUCUGGUGAGUUUCACACCGUCCCUGUUUGACCCAGUUUGAAGUUCACUUUCUGGUCUUUCUGCAGCUGCAUUUGUGAGUUUCAUGCCUUCAUCAUCUCUCCUCACCUCAGGUCAUCGCUCCAGAAGAAAUUGUUGAUCCUAACGUGGACGAGCACUCCGUUAUGACCUACCUGUCUCAGUUUCCCAAAUCCAAACUGAAACCUGGGGCCCCCUUGAGGGCAAAAACACUACACCCAAAGAGAGCUAAAGCUUACGGACCAGGUGAGAAAGAAACACCUGAACCGAUUAGAAACUGAGCGUGGGGUUAGUCCCAGUUUAACCAUGUUUAAUACCCUCCUCCGACCAGCUCCAUCUUUUCAUGCUGUGUCUAAUUUUACCAUUGUCUUUGCUGAUGCUCUGCCUGCCUCCACUCCUUGUUAUUUGGAAACAUUAUACCUUUUUUAUUGAACCACCUUCAUCUCACCUGUCUCUCAGGUAUCGAGCCCCGAGGUAACGUGGUUCUGAAACCAGCAGAGUUUCUGGUGGAGACGGUGGAGGCCGGACUGGGUGAAGUUCUGGUGUACGUGGAGGAUCCAGAGGGACACACAGAGGAGGCCCGAGUGAUCCCCAACAACGACAAGAACAGAACCUACUCUGUGGUCUACCUGCCCAAAGUGGAGGGGCUUCAUAAGGUAAAUCCCUGUGUAAAGACCAUGCUGUAAAGGCUCUGAAGGCACUCCAUCAGCUUUCAGCUCCGUCUCAUGGAGAUGGAAACUUGGACAAUAAGCCACACCAUAAAAGUCAAACUUUUCCAAUUUUCCAACCAACAGGAGUUCAGCUGGAGCCCUUAAAUCCCUGAUUGAGCUGUGAUUUCUGGAAUGAGGGGUGGUUUUUGAAUCCAACUUGGUUCUUCCACUUUUCAAUGUAACAUCCUUUGGGAGCAUUUAUUUUGAUAAUGAUUUGUUGUACGUCAUCCUGAAGCUCUAAAUCUGGUUAAUUUGAUUCUUGUUGAAGAAACCAGAGUUUGUAGAGAUGGAAGGUUUGGUCCUCUCUCUUUCUGUGGAAGAUUUUUGCUUUCCGUGAGAGGAAAACUUUGUUACUCUGUUCCUGAAGGUUUGAUGAUAGCCAACAGGCCUGGUUGUCUCUGUUCCACCCAGGUAAAGGUGCUCUUCGCUGGGCAGGACAUCGACAGAAGUCCCUUCAUGGUGAACGUAUCGAAGGCCAUGGGUGACCCCACCAGAGUCCAGGCCCGCGGGCCGGGACUGCAGCAGAUGGGAAAUGUGGCCAACAAACCGACAUACUUUGACAUCUACACAGCUGGUGAGUGCUCAGACUGAGACUCUUGUUUAUUCCUUUUGAAGAUAAGCUGCAGCCUCUCAGUCCAUCUGGUUCCGUCUUAUUCAGAGUCUCUGUCUGUAGUCUUUGAGUGUCUGCUCAUCCCUCCAUCUGUCCUGCAGGGGCUGGGUCUGGAGAUGUGGGUGUCAUCAUUGUGGAUUCUAACGGGCGGAGGGACACAGUGGAGAUUGUCCUGGAAAACAAAGGGGACAGUAUUUUCCGCUGCACCUAUGUCCCCGUUCUGGAAGGACCCCACACCGUCUAUGUGACCUUUGCUGGGCAGCAGAUUCCCAGAAGCCCUUUCACCGUCCACAUCUCAGAGGGUAGGUUCACACGUUCAUAUCCCUCACUCUGGGUUUAAUCUGCUCUGACUUCUUCUGUAAAAUACUGUGAAAACUGAAAAGUUUCAGCUGUAAAUUUGUCAAAGAUGAAUCACAUUGAACUGAAACAUGAAGACACUUCACUUCUCAUAAAACAGCAUCAAUAAUGUUUGACCCUUUCUCUCUGUAACCACCAUCUACAGCCUCUUUUUCCACCCGCACUCUCAAACCUGCAGUCCAGACUGACUGUCAAAGAGUGAAAGCUCUUUGUAUUCGGGGUUGAAGGUUUGAAUCUGAGCUCAGUCUGUCAGAAAGUCUCUGAUCUGCUCUACAGAGUCUAUGUUCUGAGUCUCUUUGGGUUCAGGGUUUCAGUGGUCUCUUUGGUGAGGUGGACUAUGACUUGGAUUUAGAUGCUGGCUCUCUGGUUUAUGGGAUCCAGUCUUGUUUUUUGGCUGUCUUUGGAGUGUAACCUGGAACCUGAGACUUUACCUUCGACCUGAAACUUUUAACUUGACUUUGAAUGACCAGGCUACCUCACCUGCUUGGAUAGACUUUGCCACUCUUUGACUGUGGAUCUUAGAUGGGGUCAUCUGGAUCCAUAUUUAAUUCAGGACUGUCUCUGAAAAAUGGACCUUGUCUGUCUUGACUUAAGUUAGUCAAGGUUUGAAAUUCCAUUAGUGUAUCUUUGAAUUUUGAGUGCCAGUCUUCGUUUGGUAUCCAGUCAGAGAUUAAUUCUCUUGAGGAGGUUAUUGAUCUGGGACAUGACUUGUGACUUGUAUCGGCUAAUUUUUCCAGUGCCCAGAGAUCUUGACUCUGGACUUGACUGUUUUUGACUUGAGGCUGUCCAGAUGUUAGGUAUUCUGCUGUCUUUGCAACAUGUAAAUGGUUUACUGGACUUAACAGUGUCUGACUAGACCCAGAUUAGAUUUCUUUGACUGGAAAUGAUCUGCAUUUGCAUGUGGUCUGAAGUGGGCUUGAGGUUUUUCUGAGGUACCUAUUUCUUGGAUUGUGACCUGGACAAACCCUGGCUUGUAACUUCACUGUUUUAUUCAGGACUUUCCAGACUAGACUCGAGACCUACCAGUCUUUAUUUAACUAGUGAAUUAUCAUCCUUGACCCUCGACUUGCAUGUCUUUACUUUGGGGUUGGUAGAGGAUUUUGAACAUGCAGUCUUGCUUUGGGAUUGUCUUAGCUUGGACCUGACUUGUCUUGGCUGUCAGCUCGACUUAGAACUUGUCCGUUUUGGGGAUUUUCUGGAGCUGCUUCACGCUCUGCUGCUGAUGCAACAUGUGGAUCGAUUAAUUAGACUUUUGCAUUGCCUGUCUUUGACUCUCUAACUGACUUGGGAGUUUCUUCUUGACUGGCUUUAACUUGACCAAGAUCUCAUUCUGGUUUGAGGAUUUUCAGUCUUAACACAAAGCUGGAAGUGAGACUUGAAUUGAAGUUUGUCUUUGCUUGUCCUCUGGUUUUGAGGUGUGGCAGUCUGCUGGUUUUUAACUGGUUUGGUGGUCUGGAAGCCCGGAGGUCUCUGUUGGCUCCCGGACUGUGCACAAAUGUACCAUCACUGUUGUACCUUCCUUCAGUUUUGCAGAGCAUCCAACCUUCCGAGUCUCCGGUGCACAUUUUGCCUCAGUCCAUUCACACCCCACCCUCAGACAAGACCAGGAGAGCCCCCCCACCAACACCACCCAAACCCAGACGACCAAGUUAGUACAGGCUGGGGGUGGGGUAGUGCCUGGAGCCUGCCUGCGCUAGCCUGGUUUCUUCCACCUCAAACCAUCCCGCCAGCCCCUGGUGCUCUGCAGGGGUUCCCCAGCUUUUGAGCAUGUGCAGCACCUGCUUCCACCUGAACAGCUUUUCUUCUUCUACAGCCCAGAAACAGAGCGAACGAGAAAGUGGUGAGCCGCUCUGGAUGGUCUCAGGAUUAAAACAAACCAGCUUCUAUUGAUCGUGACUUAUUUCCUCUGCAGCCGUGAUACUUAAACUGUGCAGCCCAGUGAAGCCUGAUCAAAAUAGACAGUCAAGAAACUUAAGAUCCUGACCAUGGUUUUAGGUCAGAGGGAUCCUAGAUCAGUAUGUUUGGUGAAUCUUUGUUUGGCUCAUUUUAACUUUGAUAGAAUAGUUGAAGCUUUGCAUUGAUUAAAUCGACUUAAUAUUACAAACAUCCCUUUAAAAAGGAACCAAACAGGCUCAGAGAUAAAUAUCUGAUUUGGUACAUGAUGUUUAUCAGGCUGAACUAUUUAACUAAUUAAAAGUUUAAUUAGUUUCUGAUAGAAACAGUGAAACAAAAACCAACUAAAAUGUGGUUAAUUUGACACCUUUAAAUGAUACCAUCCAGAGACGGCCUUGAUUGUGAGUGUGUGUUUGUGAACAAGUGUGUGUUUGUAUUUCUUGGGUCACUUCAGCAUCUGGAGGAAAACAAACCAGCUCUCAGUUGGUUUGGAUGGGCGUCUUGUAGAAACAAUGAUGAUGAUGUUUCCAUCCUGCAAACCAGAUUAUGUCAAUUAACAUUUAUAUAUAUAAACAUAUAUUUAUAUGUAUACACUGUAUGUAAACUGUUUGGAUUUUAGCUGAUCUUGUAACUUAGUGAUGAGAGUAACUACUAAUAAAAUUAACAAUGGUUAACUUUUCAAAAACAGCAAAACAAACUAAUGUCAAUUACAAAUAGACAGACUGUAAGUAAGGAGAGAGUAACAUAGUAAAAGCUCAGACCCUCCGACCCUCAGCCUCCCUUGUCUAUUACCUCUAACCUUUUUUUACUACCAGCUUCCCAUCUAUGUGUCCUUCACUAUUUCUUUGUCUUUUAGAAGUUAAACCUUUUCUCAGUGUUUUUUUCUCAUGUCUCAAGCUCGUGAACCUGAAAGUUUGAACUUCUCCUCUUUCAGACACACCAUUUCAUCUUUCAUUACCUUCACUUUUUCUUUCCAGCCUCAGCAAACUGCUUCUUUCAGCGUGAUCAGCUGACUAACAGAACAAAAAAAAACUGCAGAGAUCUGUAUGUGUGUGAAUGCGUGUAAAUUUUCAUGUUGAUUUUUAGUUUUAGUCAGUUUAAGUAUCAAAUCAGAUUAAUUUAGUUAAACAAACAUUUUCUUUUCAGAUACAAACAGGUGAAUGAGUGUGUCUGUCAGUGUUAUUGAUAAUAUUUGACUAUGAUUUCCCAGUUGAACCAGUGUCCCUCUGUCUGACUGGUCCUCAGCUUGUAAUCCGAAUGCCUGCAGAGCGUCGGGCAGAGGUCUGCAGCCGAAGGGUCUGAGGGUGAAAGAAGUGGCCGAUUUUAAAGUUUACACUAAAGGAGCCGGCAGCGGAGAGCUCAAAGUCACUGUGAAGGGACCAAGUAAGAUCACAUGACUCUAACACAAAAAAUAUACAUUAAAAAUUAUUAUUAUUUUUUUUAAUGUAUAACUUACUGAGCUGUAGCUGAUGACCCCUGAUUGUCUGAUUGUUUUCUUUAACUCAGAGGGCACAGAGGAGCCUGUGAAGGUUCUUGAGAUGGAAAAUGGGCUGUAUGAGUGUAAUUAUUAUCCCAUCAUGGUGGGGAAGUAUAUCGUAACCAUCACCUGGGGAGGACACAGCAUCCCACGCAGGUAAAAUAUUCAGCUCAUAUACAGUAAAUGUUUAACACAGGCAGCUAUACAGUCAGUCAAGACAGAAAACCAAAGGAACUAAAUUAUUCUGAGUUGGAUCUCAAUAGAAGAGAAUCUUAAAUCUAAAUAUUGUGCUAAAAACUGGAGAACUUCAGAGGACUCAGGAUAGAGCCCUGAGGAACUCCGGAUGUUUACACAGAGCAUAAUAUCUUAAUUAAACCAGUAUAGAUCUUUCUAUAAUAACCCUGCUCAAGAUAUACGGUACAUUAGGUUUUAAUCUAUGUGUGUUUUUGUGUCUUCAGUCCAUUUGAAGUCCAGGUGAGCGAAGAGGCGGGGCCUCAGAAAGUUAGGGCCUGGGGUCCAGGUCUGGAGACUGGCAUGGUGGGGAAAAGCGCUGACUUUGUGGUGGAGGCCAUUGGCACAGAAGUGGGAACACUGGGUAAGUCACCUCGCCUGCUGUCAGGAGUUUAAAAGGCGGGGCUCAAGGAUUGGAUGUUAAUUUGUCAUGAAUCAAUCAAAUAUAGUGUAUUAAAAAUUAAAAACACUGAAUAUCCAAACAAGUUGGUGGUACUUUCAGUCACUGGACGAGGAGCAUAACAAAAUUUACAUUUUAAAGAGGACAGAGCGUUUGAUUACAGGUGUGUUUCUGCACUCAGGUUUCUCCAUCGAAGGUCCAUCUCAGGCAAAGAUCGAGUGUGACGAUAAAGGGGACGGGUCAUGUGAUGUUCGGUACUGGCCCACUGAGCCAGGAGACUAUGCUGUGCAUGUGAUCUGUGACGACGAGGACAUUAAGGACAGUCCCUAUAUGGCUCACAUCCUCCCUGCCGCCAAUGAUGUCUUUCCUGAAAACGUAGGGCCAGAACUUCUCUGAUAUUUAAUAGUGAGUCUUAGUUCUCUUUCUGUUCAACCUGAAGUGAUGAACACUCUUAUCUCCUCAGGUAAAGUGUUACGGUCCAGGUCUGGAGCCUCUUGGCUGCAUUGUAAACAAACCUGCAGAUUUCACCAUCGACACCCGGGGAGCCGGCAGAGGAGAGCUGAAGCUUUACGCUCAGGUGAGAACAUUAAGGUCGGAUCACAUGACGCUCUGUUAUACUAUGAUAAUGAUACUCUGAAGGGAAGUCAACAAGCUGUGUUUGUGCUCUCAGGAUGCAGAAGGUUUCCCCAUCGACAUUCAGAUCACCGAUAAUGGAGACAGCACUUUCUUCUGUGUUUACAUUCCCACCAAACCCAUUAAACACACCAUCAUCAUCACCUGGGGAGAGGUCAACGUCCCCAACAGCCCCUUCAGGGUAAAUCAUCAAAACAUGUUUAGUCACUCAUUUUCAGGCAUCAAAUAUCUUGUUAUAUCUAGAGAAAGUCAAAAUGUCAAAAUGUUCUCAUUCCACUGAAGAGAGAGAAUAUUCCUAAUUUUAAUUCAUUUGUAUGACAGGCCCUGAACCUACUUUUCAUAUUAAGCUAUAUAAAGGGCACCCCUCAGCAGAUACACAUACUGAAUAUUAACAAAAUAAUAAUAAAAAAAGGGAAAAAAAAGUUUAUGUGAACAGGUGAAAACGUGUUAAUAAUGAAGUAUAGGGGACCGAGCAUUGAACCCUGAGGAACUCCAGCUUUUUGAAAGUUCAUUUUUCAUUAUCUAUUUUAUCAAACAAAUCCGAUCAAUCAUACAGAUUUGACCAAAUCUUUACAAAUUAUAAGUGGUGUUAUAGCUGAUAAGAUAACAGUUCUCAUUUUGCUGAUGGAGAAAUUAAGAUAAGAUAGAAACGUCCAGAAAAAGGUGUGAAAUUGAUCUUGUAGAUGGUUAUUUUUAUCACUUAAUAUUCUAUAACUUCUGUGUGUUUGUUAAGCUGUAUUUCAUAUGUCAAGUCUCCCUUUCCCUAUCUAAUCUUAUCUUAUCUUUUGUCUAUCAGGUGACGAUAGGUGAAGGCAGCCAUCCAGAGAAUGUGAAGGUGUAUGGCCCAGGUGUGGAGAAGCUAGGGUUGAAAGCCAAUGAGCCAACAUACUUCACCGUGGACUGCAGUGAGGCGGGACAAGGUAAGACGUCUGCACACCUGUUUCAUUUUUAAGACUUUGUUGAAACUCUUCUCUUUACAGACUGACUGUUAAUAUUACUAAAGUUUUUGUUUCUACCUUCAGGUGACGUCAGCAUCGGGAUCAAAUGCGCUCCAGGUGUGGUCGGUCCUGCAGAGGCUGACAUCGACUUUGACAUCAUCAAGAACGAUAACGACACAUUCACGGUGAAGUACACGCCCCCAGGUCCCGGUCAGUACACCAUCAUGGUGCUGUUUGCCGAUCAGGUGAGAGCGCGGGUAAAACACACCUAGACAUGUUCCCUGUUUUUUUCAGGACUUCAAAUAAAACCUCUUAACUUUAAUGUCACAACAGGAAAUUCCCAUAAGCCCUUUCAGAAUAAAAGUGGAUCCUUCCCAUGAUGCAGCUAAAGUUAGAGCAGAAGGACCAGGACUCAACAAGACAGGUGAGCUGGUCGGUUUAGAAAAUUGUCUGAGUAAACGAGUGAAGUGAUGGUUAAUAAUAAUAAUUCAAUAAUAAUUAAAAAGGACUGUAGCAGUUCUAAAACUACCAUAAAGUAAAUCUUUUUCCAUUUCCUCUGCCCUGACCUCCUGAUCUUUCCACAGGUGUUGAAGUUGGAAAACCAACCCACUUCACCAUCUACACAAAGGGAGCUGGAAAAGCUAAACCUGAGGUCCAUUUCACCGCAGCAGCUAAAGGAGAAGCUGUCCGAGACUUUGAGAUCAUUGAUAACCACGACUACUCCUACACCGUCCGUUACACCGCCGUCCAGCAGGUACACCACACCCACAGGGUUUAUAUGUAUGAGAUGUUAGCCUGGUGAUACUGUGAUGCUAACCUCAGUGUGUGUCUCCAUCAGGGGAACAUGUCCAUCACUGUGUGCCAUGGUGGAGACCCCAUCCCCAAAAGUCCGUUUAACAUCACUGUGGCCCCCCCACUGGACCUCAGCAAGGUCAAAGUCCAGGGUCUGAACAACAGUAAGUAAACUGAGUCUAACUGUGUCUGUUGAUGAGGAAAUGUUCACGAUGCUGGAGGGAUACAAUGUUUUCAGGUUGUAGUUCAGGUCCCGAAGAAAAAAUCUAAAGUUUUGUGUUUCAGUUUAAAAUUUUACUGUAACAACAUCUUGAGCUGAUUUUGUUAUUAAGAUAUUUGGUCUUUAGAUUUUGCAAACCAAAAAGAGAGACCUCUCAAACUUUAAACCUCAUUCUCGUUUCCGUGUGUGUGAACCAAAGAGGUGGACGUGGGGAAGGACGAGGAAUUCAGCGUCAGCACUCAGGGCGCUGGUGGUCAAGGCAAACUGGAUGUUAAGAUCCUCUCCCCAUCACGUCGACCAAUCCCCUGCAAGCUGGAGUCAAGCUCAGCCAAUGAGCUUCAUUCAGUGAAGUACAUCCCCCCUGAGGAGGGACCGUACAGGGUGGACAUCACCUACGAUGGAAACCCUGUACCAGGAAGUCCAUUUGCAGUGGAGGGAGUGAUGCCGCCUGACCCCUCAAAGGUGAGUCAUUGAGACCUUGUCCUUAUAGGAAGUAGAUCUUUCUUGACAGGAAGUUAAGAUUUCUGUUUCUAAUUAACCUUUCCCAUUAGAGUUAAUCUUCCCUUGCUCACUGUAAACCUCUUCUUGACUUCUCAAUCUCUUCCCUGGUCUCAGUUAAACUGAAUCUUUAACAUGUGGGCAAGGGUUAACCCUAACUAACCCCAAACCUUUCCUGGAUCCAGUUAACCUUUCCUGGUCUUGGUAACCCUUUCUGAUUUUUAAAUGGUUAUACUGGUCUAAUCCCAGUAAACAGUCCUGGUCUGAGUCUCUCUCUUAUCUCUUUACUUAUAAAUUAAUUUUGUUGCAUCCAUCCCCCACAGGUUCGAGCUUACGGUCCAGGACUUCAGGGUGGAGUUGUGGGUAAACCCGCCCCCUUUGCCAUAGACACAAAGGGGGCAGGUACUGGUGGUCUGGGUCUGACGGUGGAGGGACCCUGUGAGGCCAAGAUCGAGUGCCAGGACAAUGGAGACGGGUCCUGCUCUGUGUCCUACCUGCCCACUGAGCCAGGAGAGUACGCCAUCAACAUCCUGUUUGCAGACCAGCACAUCCCAGGGUCCCCCUUCAAAGCCAUGGUCCAGUCCGUGUUUGACCCUAGCAAGGUGACGGCGAGUGGCCCCGGCCUGGAGCGAGGGAAAGUUAACGAGGACGCAUCCUUCACGGUGGACUGCUCCAAAGCUGGAGACGCCGAGCUCACCAUCGAGAUCAUCUCCGACUCUGGAGCCAAAGCUGAAGUCCAUGUGCAGAACAACAGCGAUGGGACGUACUCCAUCACCUACAUCCCCCGCUUCCAUGGCAUGUACACCAUCACCAUCAAAUAUGGAGGACAUGCCGUGCCCAAGUUCCCUUCACGGCUGCAGGUGGACCCUGCUGUAGACACCAGUGGAGUGAAGGUCUACGGACCGGGAGUGGAACCACGAGGUGAGGACAUAUUCUUUACCUCAGUACUUGGUGACUAUCUUUCACAGAGACUUAAGUCCAUGUCUGUUUAUCUCUCCAGGCGUCCUGAGGGAAGUGACCACACAUUUCAUCGUGGAUGCUAGAGCCCAUUAUAAGAGCGGUGGCAGUCAGAUCAAAGCCAGCAUCUCCAACCCGUCAGGCGCCACCACAGACACCUACAUCACGGACAAAGGAGACGGGACCUACAGGGUGGAGUACACGCCGUACGAGGACGGUGAGGCUGACUUCAGUGCGAGUCUUUGUGGAAAAGAAGUGAUGUUAGGUUGGGAUUCAAUAGACUUCAGUUGAGUUAGUGUCAGUAAGGCAGAGUCAGGAUGGAGGAUGGAGGAUUAGGGUUAGGUUUUUACAGGUUUAAGUAUGAUUCUCAGCUCCAAAGGAAGUUCAGAAACUGGGAAAAGGGUUCAAACGGGAGACCUCUACCUUCUGAAGAGCUUCAUUGUCCAUGUUAAACUGUUUUUUAUUCUGUCUGCAGGUUUGCACCUGAUUGAAGUCCUGUUCGAUGAGGUCUCGGUGCCAAAGAGCCCAUUCAGAGUCUCAGUGACUGAGGGUUGUGAUCCCAGUCGGGUCAGAGCCUACGGUCCAGGCCUGGAGGAGGGGCUGGUCAACAAACCGAACCGCUUCACUGUCGAGACCAGGUUUGGUUUUAGAUAGAUCAAAAAUAUCUGAGGGUUUUAGACGUAGUUUGUUAUCCAAUCAGUCCAUCAAAUCUCCUCUGUAUGUUCACUGCCUCCCCUCUCAGAGGUGCUGGCACCGGGGGUCUCGGCCUUGCCAUCGAGGGUCCGUCUGAGGCCAAGAUGUCCUGUAAAGACAACAAAGAUGGCAGCUGCAGUGUGGAAUACAUCCCCUUCACACCUGGAGAGUAUGAUGUAAACAUCACCUUUGGAGGCCUUCCUAUCCCGGGUGAGGACUCGAUCAGAACUUGGUUUUGAUGUAUUGUACAGCAGCAGUAACUAACCAGUAACUAUCUCUGUGUCGGCUGCAGGGAGUCCGUUCAGGGUCCCAGUUCGGGAGCUGGUGGAUCCCAGUAAAGUGAAGUGUUCAGGUCCUGGUCUGGGAACAGGAGUCCGAGCUCAUGUGCCUCAGACCUUCACUGUGGACAGCAGUAAAGCAGGAGUGGCCCCCCUGGAGGUCCAGCUGUACGGACCCACAGGUAGGUGAUCCUAAUUAGACCUUAUGGUCCAUGAGAUUCUUAUUAGAUCCUUAUUAGAUUAGACCUUAUGGAACCAGCGAGUUUCUUCAUGGAAUAGCUUUGACUUCAGACUGCCAUUGUCUGAUUUCCAAAGAGGCUUUUAGGACAGAGGGGUUUUAGUUAAAUUCAGAGGCAGCAGGAGGGUUAAGCCAAAAACAUAUAAGGGAUCCUGUAUGUUUUAGCCUUUAGAGCUAGGGUUAAGGUUAGUGGUGAGUGGCGGACAUAAAAGAAGACAAAUUGCAAACUCUCUGUCCUCUCUGGUUUCUCUGCAGGUGUGGCUGAACCAGUCAGCAUCACUGAUAAUGGUGAUGGUACCCAUACAGUCAAUUACACUCCCUCCAUUGACGGUCCGUACACAGUGUGCGUGAAGUAUGCUGAUCAAGAGGUUCCUCGCAGGUUAGUGCUGAAAUGAUGGUUAUAAAGAAGUCCUGAUCUUACAGUUCAGGUCUAAACCUUCAGACCGUCUCCUCUCAGUCCCUUUAAGAUUAAGACCUUACCGGCUCAUGAUGCCAGUAAAGUCCGGGCCAGUGGUCCCGGUCUGAAUGCGUCCGGAGUUCCCGCCAGUCUGCCGGUGGAGUUCACCAUCGAUGCCAGAGAUGCUGGGGAGGGACUGCUGACGGUCCAGAUCCUGGUGAGUCACAGGUUUGGGAUCAGACACAUGAACAAAACACAACACGAUUCAUGGAUGAACCCACUAAACUGUCAUGUUCAACACAAGUUUCAAUGUUGUCAUGGUCGGGCUUUCCCCGUGGACCCUCUCAUGGUCUUUCUGUUUUAACCCUGGUUCAAACCCUCCAUGUGACUUCCUGUCCCACGUUGAGGGUUGUUGCUGUCCCUGCAGGGUCCGGAUGGGUGCAGGCGCGAGGCCUCUGUGUUUGUGGAGGACUGGGGCAGGAGGGUGUGGGAGUCUCAUAUAGUAAAGAAAACCAUCCCCUUCAGUAUUCAUAGGAGAGGCUGUGUAAGGCCUGAACCCUCCCUUGUGUCACCUCCUUCCCUGUCACAUCGUCUCAUGUCCCACCUUUCCUCAUUCCUACCCACCCACAAACCCUCUCCUAGUCCAGUCAGAGGACACGCUCUGAAACUCAACCAAUCUGGUCCACAGUCUAUCUCAGUCCAGUCUAAACACGUCCAUUUAAACCCAAUUCUGGCUAAUUCAGACAGUUGUAUCUUUCCAAUAGAAGAGAUCCUGUUAAUGGAUUUUAGGAAAAUAGUGUCAUUUGAGGAGGUUUACAUCUCCUUUAAAGGGUGAGAUGAAUUUAUUGAAAACUCCAUCACAGCUGCCAAACAGUCUCUUUAAAAGUUGUUUAGUCGAGUUUGAAUCCGACAACAUUUCUGUGAAAUAUCUAAGAAUAAUAGUGUUUUGUCUGUGUGGGUUUUUGAUGGCCCAGGUGGAGGUUAUAGGAGUACUUUAACUCACAAAUUAAAGGGAUAUUCCGGCGUAAAAUUAAUUUAGGGUCAAACACAUUGCAAUACCAAGUUGAACACCCCCUCGAGAGAUGAAUGUUGUCGACCGCUUGCUUCUUUAUGUAGUGAUUUGAAAUGAGCCUCAUACGGUCGCACCAAAAUAUAUGUAGCGAUUUGAAAUGAGCCUCACAAGGCCGCACCAAAAUAAUACUUGGCGAUUGGAAUUUAUAAUAAAUGUCUGAAGAUUAAUAAUCUCAAAUUAUGACAUUUAUGCACUCGUUGAAAGGGGCACCACCCACCCUUAAUGGUGGGAAAAUAAAGAAAACAAAAGUUUAAUUCAGAAAUCAAACAUCAAGUCAGUUUUAAUUAAUCAGUCUAAAUUAAUCAGUCUUAAUUAAUCAGUCUCAUAUCUUAAGUCGAAAUUCUAAUUUCAGGGACUCCACUUCUGGAAGAACACUAACAGACAGGAACUUAGAAAAAUAAUUAUCUGUUUAUUACAGGAUAAAUGAUGGUACAACACACAUGCAAUAAAUGAUGAUAAGAUAAUGUGGAUAAAAUAAUAAUAGGUGAAUAAAUAAAGAUUCUGAGUUAGGCUAAGAGCACUAAAGUUAAUGAUAGUGAGUGAAUAUGCGCUAACAUAUUAACCUACACUAACUUUGGUGUCGAGAUAAACUCGGAUGUGGAUUUGGAGGAAUCUAAGAUUACCAGAAUAAGCGGGUAUCUGAGUUAUGAACGCAGGAGACAGCACCAGCCCUCUUUAGAGCUCUGGAGGUUUGCAUACUUAAGUGAGACUGGUCCUUGGAGAAGAUGGAGCAGGUUCCGAAGGUCCGGGCUACUGGCGGUUCGAGCGGUUCAGCUCAGAAGACGACUGAAGUCAGCCGAAGGAUGAGCCAGGAGUUGCAGCACUCAGGCCCGAAGCAAAAACCAGCGCCUGUGGAUCCUGUGGAUGCUCGUUUGGGUACUUCUUUAGUCUCACUCAAAAACUCUGGCACAGAGGAUAACCUGGGCCUGUUGGAUUGCGUUCGGAGGUGACUUUGAAAUCACGCAGAAAACUCAGAAAAACGAGGCUCGAAGAGCAGAGAAAACUUUCAAAAAUGGCUUCGCGAAAUUAAAGAAAAUCAAUCAAAGGCUUAAUCUUGAAUUGCUAUGUGCACAAAAAGUUGAAGUUUCAAAACUUGAACUAAGACGAUGUUAAAGAAAAAUCAACGUGAAUCAACACGUGGCGUAAAACUUAGAAGACUAAGAAAAAGUUCUAAGAGAAAACAAAGAAACGCACCACAGAAGGGUGUGGGCAGAAGAGAAGGGGCAUAAGAGCCGGGGACAAGAGAGUCAGCAGAAGAGCAGAAGCAUAAGAGGAAUAAGAGAGAUAAGAGAGUGAGCAACCCGACUUCACUGGUUUUAUCUUCUCACACUGGGGGUGGCUCCGGCGUGUGUGUGAGGAGACAGAGGAGGGGUCGUGUGGUCUUUGAUUAUUUGAUCUAACUUAUUCUUUUGGCUGGCAAAAGAGUCAGAUCUGAUACUCACUCACUAUGAUUAAUAUCAUUGAAUGUUUGGUUUCAUGAUAAAUAAUUUGAUACUAAACACAUAUGAAUGAAGUGUAGGAUCACAUCAAACAUUCUCAUUAUGUUUUAAGUAUCACAUUGAACAGGCUAAAUUACUCUGAAAUGAAACAGAUAGUAACACAUGGAAACUGUGAACAACAAAAGAGUAAAUACAUGUGAAUGAACGUCAUCAUGAUUAAUAAUGGAUUCUAAAUACUCACAUUAAGGUUAUUCAAUGACAUUAUAACCACCUAAUGGUUAAAAAUACUAAAUAAAUAACUAAAAUAUAAACCAAACAUUUCUAAACUAUUUCUGUUACUUAGAGUAAACUUAGGAUUCAUAGUCAAUAAAUUUAACUCUUAAAAGUUCAUGAAACAGUCUGAAAAGCUGUUGGUCUAAAGAACUAAAGAAUAAGGAUUUAUUCUGUCAGAUAAGAUAACUUGGCUUCUGAAGCACAUAGAAAAACGGGAAACAUCUCAUUUUAACACAAAUUUCAUGAUUAGACAGAUUAGUACAUUGCUGAAUGCAUAAGACGUCAUGAUCAGUCCUUUGUAUUCUUUCACCAAAGGAAUGCAGUCUUUAUCAGUGUAUGGUCGAGCAGGGUUUUACGACCGAGGUCUGGAGGUCAGUGUCCCCCCUUAUCCUGGGGUCCAUAUGUUCACACACUUUAAGACGCUAAAUCUCAAAUGGGAGAUCUGGGUUGAGACGUUAAUGUUUAUUUAGAUGGUCAGUAAUGGAGUCAGUUUGAAAGGUAAUAAAAACUCUGUCUCUGUUCGCCGAACUGACCAAUCCUGAAGAGUCAGAGGUUUAGUCAACCUAUGGUUGGGUCACUUAUUUAACCUGAAAGUGCAAACACGUCUGGAAAGAUUUAUAUCCUGUUUCCUGGGACCAGAUAAGGAAACUUUCCUGUAAGGAAUGUGUGGGUUUCACAUCCAGGGUUGUCUUGAUUGCUACAGUCCCCCCUUCGUCACGGUGGUCCUGUCCAUGGAGCAUCGGGACGACGAGUAGACAACCAUGAAGCAGCAGCAGGUGUAUGCAAAUAGGACUGAUGCGUCUCGUCAUCACUAUGUGAAUCACUAGUACUGCUUUGAGAUAAAAUUAAGCAUGCAUUAAGCUAUCAAAUAAAAUAGUCUUGUUGUUAGACUUUUCUCAGUUAACUAUUGGUAGACUAAUGUGAAAGAAAAUCUCCUAAUUUUCAGUAUUAAUGAGAUUUAGGAAAGCACUAUUUAGUCUGAAUGCUAACUGGAUCUAAAGAUAUAGCUGUUUUCCAUGCUUGCUGGAGAAGUCUGAAAGUUCAAUUUCAGUUUCAAAAAUGGUUAAGACUUAGGUGGAAAAGAAAUGUCUGCUAUAGACAUAUUAACCAUCUGUGUAUGAGCAUAGUCAACCUGAAUCAAAAACAUCAAAAGUUUACUGCACAGAGUUUCUCUUAAACUUUGUCUGUUAAACUUGGGGAUGAUGCUCUUACCGGUUUGACUAAUUAUCGGCUGUUGAGUCUGAAAUUUGUCAAUCUGAGUCUUAAUGACAGAAAUUUCAGCUUUUAAUCUGUUGAUGAGAUAUUCGACAGCUGACAAGCUGACCAUAUUGACAGAGGAGAGACAAAUGCUAACAAAGAAAGCAGCAACUGGGGUUGCAGUCAUCAAUGUAUCACCACAGCAUUUGGAUAUCUUAUUGGAGUCAUUUAGCUUUGGCUGGGUGACUUCUGCUUUCGCAGGACUCACACCUUCAUGACUCCGCAGUGUUAAUCUCAGUGGUUAGCUGAGUAGUCAUGUUUAUUCACCUUCAAAGUGGAUGAAACCGAUUGAGGUGGAUAAUAAGAUCGUCGUUUCUGAGAGUGUGAUUUACUCUGAUUCUGCCAGUCAUUCACCCCCCUUUGGCGGUGUCGAUGGUUUUUCCUUUGUCUGGGACAAAACCCACCGGGACGGGAGUCUGAAUAACAACAGUUGGUCUCAAAGUUUACCUGGCAUUGGUCUGUGUCAGACCCGGGCCUUGGUGUGUAACUUUGACCUUUGUGAGUUUGUUGAGGUCGAAAAGGUUUUGGAGGCCUGGUUAACCACUCAUUUGGAGGCUUAUCGGAGCCUGAAAAUACACAAUCUGAAGCUUCGUUCAGCUCCAUGGGCAGUGAUUUUGUCUCCAUAGCCAACAGAGUAACAGGCUCUGCUUUCUUAGCCAAAGUUUGUCGUUGUUUGGCAAAACCUUUUACAGCAAGUUCACGAAGCUGUCGGCUAGUCAAAGUGUUUGGGCAAGCUAAGACGCCAAGGUGAUGACUGGUGGUAGGGUGGAGGUUCUGGACGAACAGCAUUUUGAAGUUCAAGUCCUCCUCCAUUUCUGGUUCAUUUCGGAAACCAAAGUAAGCUUCGCGUAAGCGGUUGUAAUAAUGUUGGGGAGAUUCUGAUCUCCCUUGUUUAAUAGACAGAGCAGCAGAAAGGCCUGUCUGGGUCAAGUGAUCAGAAAACUCUUCAAUUAAUGCUUGGCAGAGCAAGUCAUAAUUAUUUCUGACAUGAUAAGGCUGUCGUUCAAGGAAACUGCUAACCUCUCGACUUGACGUCGCCUUAAUAAGGUAGAUUUUGUCAUCAAUGGUUGCACCUGGAAAUUUCCUCAGGUAAAAGUCAAUGUCUUUCAAGUAGGUGCAGGUGUCAGUAGCACCUUGGUGCUCAGGUUCAAAGCGUGCUAUGUUACGAGCAAUUUUGUCAAGAUCCCUGUCUGAGGGAAAUGGCAAGAAACCAUCAUGAGGAGGAGAGUAGGACUCUUGGUUUAAGGAUGACCUCUCAGGGUCAAGCAGGGUCCUGUCAUGAUGCUGAGAGAGAUACUUAAGAGUUGGUUUGGAAGGAAGUGAUGGCGCUCUCUCAGGAGGCUGAUCACCUAUCAUUUCUUCAAGAAACGUUUGCUCCAUGCGUUCUCUUUGGGCUCGACCUGACUGGAGGGAGCAUUGUAACUCUCUUUGGGCAUCUUCAAGUUCUUUGUCUGUCUUUUCUUGCCGUUCUUGACAAAGAAUUAACUGUCUUUGAGCUAUCUGGAGCUGGUGCUGUAAGGUAGAAGUUUGCUUCUCCUUAACUUCAAGAGCUUCAGCACGCACUUUGACCAGUGCUUUCAAAGCUUUUACAUCUUCUGUUGCUUGCUCUAGUAGGGAUUCUGACUGUAUCAGAUCCUCUGUGGUCUUAGCAAGCUGCUUAUUCGUGUCAUCAAGUUCUUUCUCCUUUUUGUAAAGGGUUUCAUUAAGUCUUUCAAUCUUGUCUUUGAGAUCAAGAUUUUCUUCAUGACUUAUCAGUGAGGGAAGCUUUGACGCUUCACAUCUGGCACUGUGUUUUUCUAAAACACUUAGAGACUUCUUAGUCUCCUCUAGCGUCUUUUUCAGUGCGCUGUUUUCAUCUUUUUGCGCCUUUAUCUUUGCUAAAGCGCAUUCCAGCAAGUAGUCUUUAUACUCAAGCUGAGAAGACAUCAUGACAGACAUGCAUCUAGUGAGCUCUUUGUCACGAAGUGUCGUGGUUAAGGCUGUUUCCAGUAAGUCAGCCAUUUCAUCCUCCGGAUUGGAGGGUUUGGCCUUUUGAAUCUUAGUCAUGUACUGAGGUAUCAGCUGACUAGUUAAGUUUGCUAACACUGUGUGUAUGUCCCUCAGGGGGUCUCCCUGGCUGGACUCUUUUGUGUUAGGCAUGUUUGGUUUUGGUAAAGAGGUGCAGGUGGUUGGUUGAUGAGUUUGAGUUGACUUAAACUGAAAGGAAGAAGCACAAUAUCAAAUUAAGUGGGUUAAUCGACUUAAUUUAUCAGUGCUUGAUAAAGAGGAAGAGCCUAUCUGAGUAGAUCUCUAAUGGAGAGAAAAAACCAUAAAGUUAAAUUCAUUUCAAUGAAAAUUGAAAAAAGUGAAAUGAUGUUAAAUUAAAUUUAACAUCAGAUACAGAACCAUUGAAUAAAGGGUUCAAUUUGUCUCUGUGUUGCAGAGAUCAGCAAAGCUUAACUAAACUGCCUGCUGCAGUUGGAUGAAUUGGCAAAAUCAAUGAAAUUGUCAAUUUAAGGAAUUAACUCUGAAGUUAAUUCACAAAUUGCAAUUAAUCCAAAGGUUCAACUACCAAAUCUAUCUGGAAUGUUAAAAGAAAUUUCAAAUAUUAAUUAAUUUGUUCAUUAAUUAAUUAAUCUUAGGAGGAGGGUUAAUACAUUAAUGUAUUACAGGGAACAGUAAAACUGCUCAAUGGUGUGAUAAGUAACAACAAGAUCAGGUGAUUGAUUCAAGGAGUUACUUUAUCAAUACAUCAUGGAGGCUCUUAUAACAAAGACAAAAAUCAAAAAUCAAUGAUCAAUGAUUUAGAAUAAGCACAUCAAACUUCAUCAACCAAGUCAAUCACUUGAAUUAUGUCUGUAGAGUGUUACACACUGACUACAGAGAGGCAGAACAGCUGGCUGAUACUGCAGGCAGAUAAUAGCAGUGUUAGCUCAAUACCAAAAGCAACCAUGUGGGGCAGUAUGGAGUUGGGGUAACUGCGCAAGCUCAACACAAGUGGAGAAGAAGAAGAGAAGAGGAAACAGUCAUCCAACUAGCCUCUUGUGGCUGUGAGGAGUUGGGAAGUAUGCAGGAAGGGGCCUUUAGGCUCUGCCUCCUUGAAGGGCCUUAUCUGCUUAAGGCCAAAUGGUCAGUCUCUCCACUGACAACAAAGGGUUAACAUUUCACAGCAGCUGUGUCUGCACCCUCAAACAUAGAACUUUACACCAUCUGCUCAGGCAGAUUGGUUCAAUAAAAUCAUUUACAGGAACAAGAAUCAAAGUGACAAAUUCUUAAACAGCAGAUUCAACUGCAGACUUUAAAAUCACAAAUGCGGCGAUUUGUGAUCACAAAUUUUGUCUGAAUUCAUUCAAACAACAACCUCCCACUGUUACAGUGGUUUCCUGUGACAGGUAGUUAAUCUGUCAGGGGAAAGGAGGAAAUCUGAAUCCCAUAUAGUUACUAGAACUUCGUAGCAGACUAUAGAGACAAGAAUCAAAGUGACAAAUCCCUCAACAGCAGAUUCAACUGCAGACUUUAAAAUCACAAAUGCGGCAAUUUGUGAACACAAAUUUUGUCUGAAUUCAAUCAAACAACAACCUCCCACUGUUACAGUGGUUUCCUGUGACAGGUAGCUAAUCUGUCAGGGGAAAGGAGGAAAUCUGAAUCCCAUAUAGUUACUAGAACCUCGUAGCAGACUACAGAGACUUCAGGGGCUUGAAACCACAGCUCGGAGCAUCGCGAACACUGGGUUCAGCCAAAGGCCUUAAAUACAAGCGUACGGCGACGCCACAAUCGUGCACUUAAAUAUUGGACAGUCUAGACAGAGCAGAGGAGUCAGUCUCGCUGCUACUCAGAACAACAUUUCACGCUGUCCAGCUCAAACACAGACUACAGGCAUGUAGUACAAAAGUGUGUGAAACACAGAGCAUAAAGAUUUUAUGCAUAGAUCAGGAAAACAUCAGAACUUAGUCAAGCAACUUCAGCAAGCAUAGCAUUGAUUGUGAUUAAGUCUAAAAUAGCCUGGAAAUAAGUUUCUCUCAUCAAUUUGGAAGGCUAAGUUUUAGGUUGUCUGUUAGUAUCCAGAAGUUUUGUUUGAAACGCCUCACACGGGGCACCAAAAUAUAUGUAGUGAUUUGAAAUGAGCCUCAUACGGUCGCACCAAAAUAUAUGUAGCGAUUUGAAAUGAGCCUCACAAGGCCGCACCAAAAUAAUACUUGGCGAUUGGAAUUUAUAAUAAAUGUCUGAAGAUUAAUAAUCUCAAAUUAUGACAUUUAUGCACUCGUUGAAAGGGGCACCACCCACCCUUAAUGGUGGGAAAAUAAAGAAAACAAAAGUUUAAUUCAGAAAUCAAACAUCAAGUCAGUUUUAAUUAAUCAGUCUUAAUUAAUCAGUCUUAAUUAAUCAGUCUCAUAUCUUAAGUCGAAAUUCUAAUUUCAGGGACUCCACUUCUGGAAGAACACUAACAGACAGGAACUUAGAAAAAUAAUUAUCUGUUUAUUACAGGAUAAAUGAUGGUACAACACACAUGCAAUAAAUGAUGAUAAGAUAAUGUGGAUAAAAUAAUAAUAGGUGAAUAAAUAAAGAUUCUGAGUUAGGCUAAGGAGCACUAAAGUUAAUGAUAGUGAGUGAAUAUGUGCUAACAUAUUAACCUACACUAACUUUGGUGUCGAGAUUAACUCGGAUGUGGAUUUGGAGGAAUCUAAGAUCACCAGCAAUAGGUGGAUAUCUGAGUUGAACGCAGGAGACAGCACCAGCCCUCUUUAGAGCUCUGGAGGUUUGCAUACUUAAGUGAGACUGGUCCUUGGAGAAGAUGGAGCAGGUUCCGAAGGUCCGGGCUACUGGCGGUUCGAGCGGUUCAGCUCAGAAGACGACUGAAGUCAGCCGAAGGAUGAGCCAGGAGUUGCAGCACUCAGGCCCGAAGCAAAAACCAGCGCCUGUGGAUCCUGUGGAUGCUCGUUUGGGUACUUCUUUAGUCUCACUCAAAAACUCUGGCACAGAGGAUAACCUGGGCCUGUUGGAUUGCGUUCGGAGGUGACUUUGAAAUCACGCAGAAAACUCAGAAAAACGAGGCUCGAAGAGCAGAGAAAACUUUCAAAAAUGGCUUCGCGAAAUUAAAGAAAAUCAAUCAAAGGCUUAAUCUUGAAUUGCUAUGUGCACAAAAAGUUGAAGUUUCAAAACUUGAACUAAGACGAUGUUAAAGAAAAAUCAACGUGAAUCAACACGUGGCGUAAAACUUAGAAGACUAAGAAAAAGUUCUAAGAGAAAACAAAGAAACGCACCACAGAAGGGUGUGGGCAGAAGAGAAGGGGCAUAAGAGCCGGGGACAAGAGAGUCAGCAGAAGAGCAGAAGCAUAAGAGGAAUAAGAGAGAUAAGAGAGUGAGCAACCCGACUUCACUGGUUUUAUCUUCUCACACUGGGAGUGGCUCCGGCGUGUGUGUGAGGAGACAGAGGAGGGGUCGUGUGGUCUUUGAUUAUUUGAUCUAACUUAUUCUUUUGGCUGGCAAAAGAGUCAGAUCUGAUACUCACUCACUAUGAUUAAUAUCAUUGAAUGUUUGGUUUCAUGAUAAAUAAUUUGAUACUAAACACAUAUGAAUGAAGUGUAGGAUCACAUCAAACAUUCUCAUUAUGUUUUAAGUAUCACAUUGAACAGGCUAAAUUACUCUGAAAUGAAACAGAUAGUAACACAUGGAAACUGUGAACAACAAAAGAGUAAAUACAUGUGAAUGAACGUCAUCAUGAUUAAUAAUGGAUUCUAAAUACUCACAUUAAGGUUAUUCAAUGACAUUAUAACCACCUAAUGGUUAAAAAUACUAAAUAAAUAACUAAAAUAUAAACCAAACAUUUCUAAACUAUUUCUGUUACUUAGAGUAAACUUAGGAUUCAUAGUCAAUAAAUUUAACUCUUAAAAGUUCAUGAAACAGUCUGAAAAGCUGUUGGUCUAAAGAACUAAAGAAUAAGGAUUUAUUCUGUCAGAUAAGAUAACUUGGCUUCUGAAGCACAUAGAAAAACGGGAAACAUCUCAUUUUAACACAAAUUUCAUGAUUAGACAGAUUAGUACAUUGCUGAAUGCAUAAGACGUCAUGAUCAGUCAUUUGUAUUCUUUCACCAAAGGAAUGCAGUCUUUAUCAGUGUAUGGUCGAGCAGGGUUUUACGACCGAGGUCUGGAGGUCAGUGUCCCCCCUUAUCCUGGGGUCCAUAUGUUCACACACUUUAAGACGCUAAAUCUCAAAUGGGAGAUCUGGGUUGAGACGUUAAUGUUUAUUUAGAUGGUCAGUAAUGGAGUCAGUUUGAAAGGUAAUAAAAACUCUGUCUCUGUUCGCCGAACUGACCAAUCCUGAAGAGUCAGAGGUUUAGUCAACCUAUGGUUGGGUCACUUAUUUAACCUGAAAGUGCAAACACGUCUGGAAAGAUUUAUAUCCUGUUUCCUGGGACCAGAUAAGGAAACUUUCCUGUAAGGAAUGUGUGGGUUUCACAUCCAGGGUUGUCUUGAUUGCUACAUUUAGUUAUACCAACUUUAGUAACGACCGCAGGAUAGCAAUACACAGCAGUCUGAGGAGCCACAAAUAAUGCUCAGAACAGCACCUAACUUCAUCAACAGGAUAUAUAGGGUCCCAGCCAUAGCACCAGCCACCAAACAUCUUUUUUCACUUUGCCUAAUUUCUUUUGUAAAGAGACUAAACAUAAUUCACCUACUCUCUUCCAGCAGCCGCUUGUUUGUAGCGAGACCUCAGGUCAGUCCAUUGUGGACUACAGUGGGGUCACGCAGCUCAAGGAAGAACGUUUAUGGUCUCUGUGGCUAUAGAGUGGCGUUUUGGUUGAGGUUUGUUUAUGGCUCCUCAGACCGCUGUGUAUUGCUAUCGUGCGGUCAUUACUAAAGUUGAUAUAACUAGAGAAGCAAGCGGUCAGCAACAUUCAUCUCUCGAGGGGGUGUCUAACUCAGUGUUUCGGUGUGUUUGACCCUAAAUUAAUUUUACGCCAGAAUAUCCCUUUUAGUAUCAAAUUAUCAAACAUAUUAAAUCUAUCCUUGAUUAAAUAUUAGUGUAGUUUAGUACACCAUCCCCUUCCCUCUCUCCCUUUAUGGUCUCCAUGUGAACUGACCUCCAUUCGGUUUGUCUAAUGAUCUGACUCACAGAUGUGGUGUUCAGUCCUCCACUAACCAGGGUGCUUCGUAAACCUGCCUCCAUCCAUCAUCCCUCCUCUUCCUCAGCUGCUUCCUGUAGAGUUAGACCCUGUGUGAGGUUUUACAUUUACAUGUGAGUACCAUGAACACCACUGGUCUCCAAAUCUUCAAAUCCAACCCCCUGCAGUCAUGUUAGUGAUAAAGCUUUGGUCAGGUUGUCCUCUUAAAAAGUGUUGCUGUAGGAUCUAUUAGAGGAACAUGUGAUGCCCAUGACAUGAGGAAUUGGUUGACUUUGUUGUGUUUCAAAAGAGACACAGUAAGACCUUAAGUUUAAUCAUUUGAUCAGCUUCAGCAGCACACAGAGACCACUGAUGGCCAGUACUCUGAUGUUUUAUACAGCUGUGGACUUGGCCAAAAAACAUAAUAACUCACACUUUCUGUCUGGCUUUAGGACCCUGAGGGGAAACCCAAGAAGGCGAACAUCCGGGACAACAGAGACGGGACAUACACGGUGUCCUACGUGCCGGACAUGACCGGACGUUACACAAUCACCAUCAAAUACGGAGGAGACGAAAUCCCGUACUCACCUUAUCGCAUCCACGCCCUGCCCACUGGAGACGCCAGCAAGUGUCUGGUUACAGGUUAGACUCCGCCCACCACAUCAACCAGACUUUAUUAUCUUUAAAUUUUACCCCAACGCUGAUUGUCUCAUUUACUUUACAGUAUCAAUCGGAGGACAUGGACCAGGUGAGUCAGCUUUGAACUUUAUUGUAUUGAUUAAAGGGCUGAUUCAGUCUUCAGUACCUUUCGUCUAGUCCAGUCCAAUCCAGUCCAAAUAUAGUCCAGUCCAGUUGAAUCCAGUCCAGUCUAGUCCAGUCCAGUCCAGUCCAAUCUAUUUCAUUUAUCCCAGUCUAAUACAUUUCAGGCCAGUCAAAUCCAGUCCAACCUUCACCAAUCCAAUUCUUACUGCCAGUGUCACCUUGUCAAGUAGGUCGUUUAGUGGGCUGUAGCUAUGUCAUGUCGGGCAAAGGACUCAGCUUGUGGCCUGCAGAGCCAGUAAAUGACCUGGUGUCUGGCUUCUCUGGUUACCAGCCCAAGUGGUUUAGUUCCUUGGAUGUCAGUAGUAUGCUGGGUAUGCCAAGCAAUGGUAGGACCAGUCAUUAUCUGAUCCAGUUACCACUCUGGUAAAAUAACCAGUGAGCUCUUUCCACACAGACCUCACAGGAACAGAGCUGGCUCUUCAUUUGCCAGACCACAAGCUGUCCCUGCAUAAACAGAACCUUUGCAGACUCUUCAAAGUUUUGUUUUUCACCCUUAUCCUGCAUUAUUCCAGAGCUGCUCUCCGACAGAAUUAAAUCAAAAAUAAAAAUAAAACACAUUUCCCAAUCUCAUUAGGAUCAGGUAUCGGCCCGACCAUCCAGAUCGGAGAGGAGACUGUCAUCACUGUGGAUGCAAAGGCUGCCGGGAAAGGUAAAGUCACCUGUAAGGUGUCCACUCCUGAUGGGGCAGAGCUGGAUGUGGACGUGGUGGAGAACGCAGAUGGGACAUUUGAUAUCUACUACACGGCACCUGAGCCCGGGAAAUACGUCAUCACAAUCCGGUUUGGAGGCGAGAACAUCCCUAACAGCCCGUUCCACGUGGUGGUGAGUAGCAUUUCCGUGGGUCAGAAGAUUAGUGGUUCUGUUGGUUCUGUUUAACCUGUUUGACGAUUAUCUAAUGUGGUUAAACUGACAGUCUUCUGCUGUUGUUUGUGCAUGUGAGUGUGUGAACUGGUGUGUUUUCUAAAGGUUGUACCGUGUUCCCCAUCAGGCGUGUGAUACCAUCCCAAUAAUAGAGGAACCAUGUGACACGCUUCAGUUACAGACGCCUUACCCUCCCUAUGUGGGCUUCACCCCUCCUCACUGGGUACUCAGUCCUUAACAGACCUGCAGACUGUCCUCUUUAUAAACCUGCAGACCUCCUGUCUCUGCAAAGACCUGUUGUCUCUCAGACUAUUCCCUGCACAGACCUCUGUCAGUUGAUUGGAGCUAUUUCAGUCAAUAUUAACCCACAUUCAUGCAUAGAUUAUUGGAUUUGCUCUGCAUGUUGCUGCAUGUUUAAUCAGUCUGCUGCUGUGGGGAGUUUUUCUCACAGGCAUGUUUUAAGUUUAAAGCUUUGGUGUCUAAAGUUGAACAGAUCUAAAACAUUAUAACAGCAGAAUUUCAAACUGCUCUGCUCUGUUCAUGCAGAACCUUUUAUUGGAUUUUUCUGAACUUUACCAUGCUCGUCCUGUAGGUGGUGCUUUUUUCACUUGAAGUUUGGUUCUCUUCUUCUUCUUUUAGUUUUUCUUUGUUCAAACUUUUUAAAAGUAUGUUUUAUGAUUGUUCUUUCUUUGCUUUAUCUUGUUUCAUCUAUAAUUAAAUUUUUUUUUACACUUUUUUUAGAUAUUGUUUUAUUCCAUCAUGAUUUUUUUCAGCUUUAUCUCACCCUUAUACUGGGCUACACUGGUGUCAGACCAGCCUCAGAUGCUCUUUCUCUGCAGUCCCUCCCUCUGCUCUGCUUCCUCCCCCUCCUCUUUCUCUCUUUCUUCUAACUGGGCCAUUUUCCAGUAUAUUCCAGUAUAAUGACACUGAUCCUCCUUCUGUUUGGCUCUGGUUUAGGCCACAGAUGAUCCCAUCAGCCCCGUGGACGGGAUGGAGCCGAUGCUGCGCCCCUUCAGUCUGGUCAUCCCCUUCACUGUGCAGAAAGGAGAAAUCACAGGUGAGAGCUUCUCUCUUUGCUGUAAAAUCUGGACUAAAGCUAAAAUCUAUGACUACAAACUACCACCACUGUUUGAUUUGACAGUUUUUACUUCAGCUGGAGGCUUUAAAGGACUUAUCUCAUCUUUCUUCUUGUCAUUUUUGUGUGUGUUUUUUGUUUUUUAUCUUUUAGGUGAGGUGCGGAUGCCGUCAGGUCGGACAGCUGUUCCUAAUAUCACCGAUAACAAGGACGGCACGGUCACAGUGAAAUACUCUCCGACAGAGCGAGGUCUGCAUGAGAUGGACAUCAAGUAUGACGGAGACCACAUCCCAGGUAAGAGCUGACACAGUUUCUCUUUGCUCUGUGGGCUCAGCUGCAGCUCACCUGGUUAGUUUAAGCAUCAGUCUCAGUGUUUGUACGGGAACAAGACUGCGUCAUCAGUGUACUGACGGACUCUGAGCUCACUCUGACUCUCUGGUCAUUAUAGUCCCACUGUGUUUCCUCUGUUACAGGAAGUCCACUCCAGUUUUACGUUGAUGCCAUUAACAGUGGUCAUGUAACCGCAUACGGACCUGGUCUGAGUCACGGCACGAUGAACAGACCGGCAACCUUCACGAUCGUCACUAAAGACGCCGGAGAAGGUAUCUGACCUAUGACACAUUAAAAAUGGUCUUUGUUAAAUUUGAGGUGGUCGCUACUCCCACACUCCUUUUACCUGGCAAGGAUAAGAACCUCUCUGUUUUGAACCUCUGUAUUUAUCCGUGUUUAUCUUUAGUUUAGUUGCUGUAUAAUAUUUAACCAAAAUGGUAAUUUGCUGUACUGUCCAUGGGAGGUUUUCAUAAGUCAGUUACAACUAAGAAAAGAAAAACACACACACACAAAAAAACAGAAAAUACUAAAUAUUUACCAGAACAAUGCAGUCAUGAAGGUAAAAGUGUAAAAUAUCUUUAUUUUGAAAUAUUUUUUUAUCCUCAGGAAGUCCAAAACUGAAUUGUCAGCAGUUUCGGAGUGAUUUAAAAACAUCAGAAGAAGAAUCAGUAAAAACAUGCACUGAGUUGAGCUUAUCUGUCUUUGUCUGCAGGUGGUCUGUCUCUGGCCGUUGAGGGUCCCUCUAAAGCAGAGAUCAGCUGUAAAGAUAACAAAGACGGGACCUGCACCGUGUCCUACCUGCCCACCGCACCUGGAGACUACAACAUCAUCGUCAAGUUCGACGACAAACACAUACCUGGCAGCCCGUUCACCGCCAAGAUCACAGGUACGCUCGCCGUCAUUUAAGUCUGUUUGUGUGUUUUUAUCAGAGUGAGUGUGUUUUCAUUUCUUUUUAAACAUUCACAUACUUUUUCUGGUUUGCAAUGGUCCGCAUGGUGAAGCUUCACUGGAACGACCUUACAUCCUUUCACCAAGACAAAAACUACAAAAAAAACAUCCUCACUUCUACCUCCUCAGGGUCCAGUUUUGGGACCACCACCAUGUUCUCAAUUGUUUUACUUUGACACUUUAUUCUCAAACUUUGUCUGAAUCUCUGUAUGCUGAUGAUUGUCAUUUUUAUCUUAAUGUGCCACUAAUAACCGUCUGCUUUGUUCAGGUCAAACUGUUUUUUCACUCUUUUUUUAUUUUCUGUCUGAUGUGCAGGAGAUGAAGCCAUGAGAACGUCUCAGCUCAAUGUGGGAACAUCUACAGAUGUUUCCCUGAAGAUCAUGGAGACCGACCUGAGCAGUCUGACUGCAAGCAUCAGAGCGCCGUCAGGGAACGAGGAGCCGUGUUUGCUGAAGAGGCUGCCCAACAGACACAUCGGUCAGUUUAUCCUGAGGAGAGGGUUAUUAAAAGACCGUGACCAGGAGAGGAAGUCGAUGAAGUCAGAUAGGGGCCUACAAUAACUCACAUUUCAAAAUAAAAGUUCCACAAACCAGAGAACCACGCAAAAAAAGGAUCAGACCAAAUAGUUAUUAAGUGUUUUUCCGUGCAGGUAUCUCGUUCACGCCAAAGGAAGUUGGUGAACACGUAGUGAGUGUGAAGAAGAGCGGGAAACAUGUGACCAACAGUCCCUUUAAGAUCAUGGUGGGUCAAUCUGAGAUUGGAGACGCCAGCAAGGUGAAGGUUUAUGGUCAAGGGCUGGUGGAGGGUCAUACCUUUGAAGUCGCCGAGUUCAUCGUUGACACCAGGAACGCAGGUUUGGCUCGAUCUGAAUAUUAAGACUAGAUCUUUAUUCAGAAGACGAAUGUUUGCGGUGAUUGAUUUUGUAAACACUAUAAUAUUUUGUGGAUCAUGUGUCUCAGGUUAUGGCGGUCUGGGCCUAUCUAUUGAGGGUCCUAGUAAGGUGGACAUCAACUGUGAGGACGUGGAAGACGGGACGUGUAAAGUCACCUACUGUCCAACUGAACCAGGAAACUACAUCAUCAACAUCAAGUUUGCUGACCAGCACGUCCCCGGUACGAAAUGAAUAACAUCUACCAUCAACUACGUCUAUAAUUAACCAUGUGCAAUAGAAAUCAGAUACCUUUACUUUUGAGUCUCUCACUGUGGUUUUAUUUUGGCGGGUACAGGAAGUCCAUUUACGGUGAAGGUGUUUGGUGAGGGUCGGAUGAAGGAGAGCAUCACCAGGAAGCGUCAGGCUCCUUCCAUCGCCACCGUGGGCAGCACCUGUGACCUCAACCUGAAAAUCCCAGGUGAGCUGUGAUGUCACUUCCUCCUCUUUUCUGCCCCCACCUGUCCUCCCUGCUUCCUUUUCUUCACCUCCUUCUCUUUGUCCCUCCUUCCUUCCUCGCUGCCACCCCCAUGAUGCUGGUUUUUAGGAAACUGGUUCCACAUGGUGUCGGCUCAAGAGCGUCUGACACGGACGUUCACUCGCAGCAGCCACACCUACACUCGCACCGAGCGCACCGAGAUCAGCAAGACCCGCGCUGGGGAGACCAAGAGGGAGGUGAGGGUGGAGGAGAGCACGCAGGUGGGAGGAGAACCCUUCAGGGACGUGUUCGGAGACUUCCUGGGACGAGACGGUGGUCUGAGCAGUUUCAACGGCAUGCCGGCGGGCAGCCGACCGCCGCUGCAGGAUGGUGUGUGUGUGUUUGUGUGUAUGUGUGUGCAUUAGUGUCUAACCGCUGAAGGUUCCUGUGGAGAAGAAACUUCUGCUCAAUCCACUUGAAUGGAUUGUUUGAUCUUACUAUCCCCCCACUCCUCCAGGUGAGCCAGGUCACCAGGAGAUGACGGCUCAGGUGACAAGUCCAGGAGGGAAGACGGAGGACGCAGAGAUCAUUAAAGGAGAGGACAGCACAUACAGCGUUCGCUUCAUCCCUCAGGAGAUGGGCGCUCACACUGUUAAUGUCAAGUAUCGGGGCCAGCACGUCCCUGGAAGCCCCUUCCAGUUCACUGUGGGGCCCCUAGGAGAGGGAGGGGCCCACAAGGUCCGAGCUGGAGGGACAGGUCUGGAAAGAGGAGUGGCAGGGAUCCCAGGUGGGCUUCAAUCAUCAUCUGUCUUUUGUUUCUUUCUUUCUUUCUGGCUUCCCUCCUUUCUUCUAUCCUUUCUUUGGUGAUAAAUUUGAGGUGUUUGUCCUCCAGCUGAGUUCAGUAUCUGGACCAGAGAGGCCGGAGCUGGAGGUCUGUCCAUCGCUGUGGAGGGACCGAGUAAGGCUGAGAUCACCUUUGAAGACAGGAAGGAUGGAUCCUGUGGAGUGGCCUAUGUGGUCCAGGAGCCAGGUGAGACUUUAAACCAACAAUAAUAGAGAGGAAAAGGUUAAAAGUUCCUUAUUUUACUAUCAGGAGAUCCGGCAAUAUGCAGAUGACACUCAGCUCUAUAUUACUGGAACCAAAAGUCCUGAACGUCUUUUAUUGCCUACAACUGAAACUCUAAGUUACAGCAAAUUACCUCUGCUAUAUCAGUACAAAUAAGACUUUAACAGUUCAUGAUGGAAAGUAGUUUGCCUUUAUUAAGAUGCUGUGAUGCUUAAAUUAUUGCACUUUGGUUUUAUGUCAUUUUGAUGUACUGUUUAUACUUAAUACUGUCUAUGAUGCAAGUUUACACUGAGAUAUUGUUAUGGCCAAUGAAUGAUGUUUUACUGGUGUUACCCCUCCUCUCCAGGUGACUAUGAGGUCUCCAUCAAGUUCAACGAUGAACACAUCCCAGACUCGCCCUUCAUGGUCCCCAUCGCCACACUGUCAGACGAUGCUCGCCGCCUCACGAUCACCAGCCUGCAGGUGAGAUCACUAACCUUUACUAGCUUUAACUAGCUUUGUGUAGAUGGAGAAAAACAGCUGAAAAGCAUUUUCCCUCACAUCAAAAUAAGAUAGACUGAUCACCAUCUUUUAUUUCUGUUUCUUUGUCUGUUAUUCAUCAGGAGAUGGGUCUAAAGGUCGGUCAAGAGGCGUCUUUCGCUGUUCAGCUAAACGGAGCCAGAGGUCUGAUCGAUGCUAAGGUCCACACCCCUUCAGGAGCCAUUGAAGAGUGUUUUAUCUCCGAGCUGGACAGUGGUAAGACUAAGUAUUCAUGAUUGUUCCUUAUGAAUGAUGAAGUUGGUUAAUAACAUUUCAUAGGUGGUAAGGGGGUUGAACUAUAUUUCUGGGUUCACUAAGUCCAUGAACUAGUCUAAACUACAAAACAUAGACAGUGGAGCACCACAAGGCUCAGGCUCUCAGCCCACUAACUUUUAGUUUGAUAAACAUUUCAUAAAAGAUAAAGAAACAUAAUUCUACUAUCAUACAGAAGACAUCUAUUUGAUUUUUGUGAUCAUUUAAUCAGUAAAUAAGUUACUUUGACAUCUUCUGACCCUGCAAACACAGUUUUAGUUUUAAAGGGAGUGAGUUUGCUUCAGGUUCAACACCUUUGACCAGAGUAACAUCAGAGUCCAUAAUCAGUGUAACUGAUCAUCCUCGUGUUUCCACAGACAAGCACGCCAUCAGGUUCAUCCCCAGAGAAAACGGCGUUCACUCUAUUGACGUUCGUUUCAAUGGCAGCCAUAUUCCAGGCAGUCCCUUCAAGAUCAGAGUGGGAGAGCCAGGACAAGUUGGAGACCCCGGCAUGGUGUCUGCGUUUGGACCAGGACUGGAGGGAGGAACCACGGGUACGAACUGAAACUAAACACAUUUGUUUACAUCUCUUCACUGAAAAGUAACUUAGGGAUUUCUUUGAACAUUUAUCACGUCUUUGACCUCAUUCAGGUGUGGCGUCAGAGUUUGUCGUGAACACGUGUAACGCCGGCUCAGGAGCUCUCUCUCUGACCAUCGAUGGACCGUCGAAGGUGAAGAUGGACUGUCAGGAGUGUCCCGAGGGCUACAAGGUUUCCUACACACCUAUGGCUCCAGGGAACUACCUGAUCUCCAUCAAGUACGGAGGACCCCAGCACAUUGUAGGAAGCCCCUUCAAGGCCAAGGUCUCAGGUGGGUCAGAGUACAGGCAGGACUGCAGGGUAUACUGGGCGACUGUGGGAUAAGAGGGCAUGCUGGGUAACUGUGAACUGUUAUUAGACCAGCUAUUGGGUCGGUCAAUGUCCUUCAUUUUUGACUCUCUGGUAACCAUAGUAAUCCACAUAGAGGAUUCCAGGUCCUUUUUUAGAGAAGUUUACAUCUUAAUGUUUGUUUGAACAUUUCUGCAGGAGCUCGACUGACAGCUGGUCACAGUCUACAUGAGACAUCGUCUGUUCUUGUGGAAACAGUCAGCAAGACAUCAGCAAUGGGCGCAGCCUUCGCCACUUUGCCCAAAUUCUCCUCAGAUGCCAGUAAGGUCGUCUCCAGAGGAGCUGGACUGUCAAAGGCAUUCAUCGGUCAGAAAAACACCUUCACAGUAGACUGCACUAAAGCAGGUGAGAAACCACACACAUAACUGUGAUCAUCACCAUCUGGUCAGUAGCUUUCAAAUGACACUUCAUGAUCGAUGUCUCUGUUCUUGUCUCUGCAGGAACCAACAUGUUGAUGGUCGGCGUUCACGGGCCGAAGACGCCGUGUGAGGAGGUGUACGUCAAACACAUGGGCAGCAGGAUGUACAAUGUGACGUACACGGUGAAAGAGCAGGGCAGCUACAUCCUCAUCGUCAAAUGGGGAGACGAAAACGUCCCCGGCAGUCCUUUCCAUGUCACUGUCCCCUAA